UAUACCUGAUAAAUUGUAUACAUGACAAUAUUAUAGUAUAUAAAUUUAUAUUGUUAAAUUCUUAUAAGUACUUAUAAUUAUUGUAAUUUAGUCGAGAGCCAAACUAGUGUCAUAUUAUCUUCGUUGAUUUAUUAAGUAAGAACCAUUUAAUAUUUAUUUUUAGAUUGUUAAGAUGUAACAAAUGACAUUGUUUUUGACUUUUUAUUCAUCAAUCAUCAUUAAAAUUCUUAUCGAAUAAAUAUACUUAAGUAUACGUAUUAUGUUGAGUAGGAUCGGUAGAUAAUAAUAAUUUUUAAAAUGACUGAGUAUUGAUAGUGUUCAUGAGUGUUUGUGGGUAUGGGUGGUUUACUGUAAGGGAAAUGUAGGAAAACAUCCGUAUAGGGUGGUCACAUUGCAUAUCAUAUGAAAUAUUAUCCUGACUGGACAGUCGGAACAGACAAAACAGAAAUGCCUGAGAAUUUAACAUGAGGUUCAUUAAAAGUCGUAUUUUAAGGUAAAAAAAAAAAUUGGAGUAGAGGCUAACUGGCUUAUCACUUUUAAAUAUCAAUUGAAAUAAACUUUAAUAUAGAAAAUAUUGUUGAUCAAACCGCUUGCAAAACGCUACUUAAAAUAAAAGUAUUUUGGACUUGGUCAUCUAAAUUUUAUUAAUUAUUAUUAUUAUUAUUUUUGUUAUUCAUAUAAUCAUUAUUUUAAUAAUAAUUUAUUUAAUGUUGAAAAAAUAAAUUGAACUUUUAAAUUGUACUGUUUAACUACUUUUGUACAUACAUCUGCAUUUUUCUCAGCUAAUAUAAGUUGAAAUGUCAUCAGAUAUAAAGGUUUUAAGUUUUUGUUGACCAAAGCGGGUAUUCAAGAGUAAAAAUUGUUCCUCCCCCCCCAUAGAGUUGACCCAAAGACGCCCUUGAGUAGUACUAUUAACUGAGAUCCGUUCAGAAUCGUUUUUUGUUGUAAAUAAUUAAAUUUGUUUAGGUACAGAUAUAUAUUAAAUUUCCCUAAAUAUCCUAUCCACCCAACUUCUUAUCUAUAACAGUGGUCCACCCAUAGUGCGAAGUAUGUCCAUAUUUUCUUACCAAUUAUUAAUAUUAUAUUUUAUACCAAGUUUGGAAAGUAGAGGGAAAAUUGAAUGUAUAUCUGUACGUAACGAGUAAACAUUACAAAAAAAAACUAUUCUGAGCGGAGUUUAGUUAAUAGUAUUGCUUUGUCAACAAUAUAAAUGUCAUAUUAUGGUAAAAUUACAUAUGCUUUAUAUAUAUUUUUUUAAUAAUAUUUGUUUAAUGUUGUAUCUAUUUCCCUAUGUUUUUUCGGUUUUUCCCAUUUAUUAUGAAAACUCCUGAAAAAUCAAAAAAUAAAGUUACUUAUAUACCUCCCCAGUUAGAUUUCCUUUUAGAAAAAGUGCUAUCAUUGUAAAUUGGAACAAAAUUGCUGGUAGAAAAGUUAGAAACCAUAGGAAAAAUAUAAAGGUCUUCAAAUAUUUUUACUAAUACCUACAUUUCGUAGUUUCCUGUUUUUUCCCACAAAAAAAAAAUAACCACCAUUGUAAAAACAAUAUAUCUUUCGCUCUACUCAGAAUCUUAAAGGUUAAUUUUAAAUUUUACUUGUAGUUUUUUUAAGAAUAGGAAAAAACGUCAGGAAACGGGAAUAUUAACACGGUGCCUGUUAUUUUCGACGGUUUUUUUUUUGUUGCUUUACAUUGUUGGGUUGUUAUGGUUUUUGAUGGGAAAACUUUUCAAGAAUGAUCAAAAAACAAAAUUGAAAAUAAUAAAGGCAAUAAAAAUAAAUAUUCAUAAAUUUUCCUGUUUUUCUUACGUUUUAUUCUGGAUUUUCCUGAUAUUAUGAAAACUGCUUGGAAAAUCAAAAAGUGACCUUCCUAGAGUAUCAUUUAGUCAAUACGACAAUAUUUUCGUUCAAAAAAGGCGCUACAUUUACAUAUUGUUGAAAGAUUUCUGGUAAAAAUUGUUGUCACUAUAUAAAAAAAAAAAAAACCUUAUUGUAAAUCCAAUUCAAAUUUUGAAUCUAAAAGUGUAUUAUUUUAUUAUAUUUUUGUAAAUUGAUUGUCCCCACUUAGUUUUCAAUAAUUCUAUCUCACCCUUGAGAGAAUAUUUAUGGAAAUGUAUAAAUGUAUUUCAUUCUUGUUUCAAUCAAAGUAUUUUCAAGAUCCGGGAUCAUCUUUAUGGCAUUUGAAACAAAUUGCAGUUGUACUUAAGAAUUAUGGAUAUUUUAAAUAACAAAAAAGAACAUCACAUGGCUUACGAAGGGGGAAUUUCUCCCUCGUAACCUCUCAGGGACGCGCUUGAAGUGAAAUCUGGUUAUACCUGUUUUAAAAGACCACAAUAUUUACGAUUUUCAUACAAAUUUGAUAUUCAAAUACUUGUGAAAAAAAAACCCACGAAAUACAACUUAAUGAGCCUCUUGUUAAAUUUUCAAGCAUUUUUGUUUGGUCUAAUAAUAUUAUCCACAGAGUACCUACCGAAGAAAAAUUACGUAAAACACUUUCAAAAUUAAAAUAUCUAUAAAUAGCUCAAAAAUGGAUCAAAUAUUUUGAAAAUUUGACCACGUCUAAAAAAUUAAAUAUAAGUUUUUCGUCUAAAUUGCAAGUAUCUAUGAAUAAUUUUAUCUGAAUUACAACAAUGAAACAUCAUUGAAAAUAAAAGCAUUAUUUUUGUAAAUUUUUUCGUUUUUCCUACAUGUUUUCCCAAUUAUUUUAAAAAAACACAUAUAAAAGUACCAACUAGUUAAAACUUCCUUUUAGAAAAGGUGCUAAAUUCGAUUCAUUGGAUCAAGAUUUCUGGUAGAAAUUUGUACACUGCAUAAAAAAAUAAAUUAAACAUCAUUGUAAAACCAAUCCAUUCCUCGAUUCGUUCAAAUAUAAAAUCAAUUAGACGUCAAAAAAAAUAGUUAUCGGAUUGAUUUGAUGGAAAUUCGUACUGCUUUAGAACCAUGAUGUUGAAUAUUCGAAUUAGUGUUAGUACCUAUUUUAUUUAUAAUAAAUUAUUACUCCUUAUUCGGUUUAGAUACUUAGUAAGUACCUAGUAUACGAACAAUUUUAAUUAACUGGCCGUUUAUGUACAACCUUUAUGCCUUUAUGUACAACUACGUAUGUACGAUGCGCUUAUUAUGUAUAAGUAAAAGGUAUACUCAUUUUAAUUUUAAUUUUAUUUAUUUUUAAUUUUUUAAGGAAAGAGUAUUAACUGGUUUUUAUUUUAUAACACAAAUAAUUUAUUGAAAAAACUGGUUACUAUAGUAAUAUUGAUGAACAAAUAUUUCAAGGUUACUUUUCUUGUUCCUGUUGUGCUUUGUUGUUAAGAUUUAAAUUGUAUUUUAAGCGGACGUUGCACGCGUUCCAGAUGUUUGAAAAAUGUAUUUUACGCGGUUAAAAAAACAUGCAUGUACCUGUGCAAUGUAUUUUAGUAUGUAUAUACGUCAUGUCUGCACUAAAAUAUCAACAAAUUAUAUUUUUAUAAAUUAAGGUAUUUGUAAUCAUGUAUGAUACCAACAGUCAGGGCCGUUUUUAACCUAUUUAAGACCUUGGACAGUGGUAUAAUAAGACUUGGACAGAGUAAUAUUUUAUUAAAAUAGGUAAAUAGAGUGGUGGUAGAUAAGCUAAAGUUAGGAUUGAUUUAACUAUUAAAUGUAUUUAUUUUUAUUUCACAUUAAAUGAAUCGAUAAUUAUAAAAUAAUCCGGAAAAGUAGCUCUUUUAGCACUCACAAGUUACCUAGUGCUUAAAAAUCUUUUCUGAUUGAAAAGGUAUCCUUCUAAAUUUUAGAUAGGCUUUUGAAGUCUAUGUUUUUGAGCAUAUCUGCAUACUUAUGGACAUCAACGAUAAACUGUUCAAGAUUGAACAAUCUUGUAGCAUUUUACUUCUUAGUUCAUUUUUAAUUAUUUUUAAUUUAGAAAAGGAGCGUUUCCCAUUGCAGUUAGUUAGAUACCAUCAUCCUUAAAAAUAUUUUCAAUGCAAUUUAUACAUUUGGGAAUGUGUCUUAAAUUUUGUUUUCUUUCAAGAGAUGAUAUAUUCCUUAAAUACUAUCAGUUUCUUUAUUGUCACUGUGAAUAUGUUUCAAGUACUUUAUUAAAUGCAAAUAUUUCAUUUCCAAUUCUACCUCAUUAAGGUUUUCAUAAUAGAUUUCAGAAAAUUGUUGGCAACUUUGUCUUAACGCUGCAGUAUUCAGAGUUUUUAAAUUAAAAAACAAAUCAAACCACUGAUUAAUGUCCUUGUAUGAACUCAAUUGCCGUUUUUUAUAGAAAGUUAUUCAAGUUUUUUGUAUCAGUUUUAAAUAUAAUCAUAAGCAAGUAGGUUUGUAGUUAGUAAUUUUCCAUUAAUUUUUCUUGAAUUAAAUUUAUUUAUCGGUUAUUAUUUGGUGAUCUGGCAGGAACUAGGGGGUUCCAUCAAUCACGGGGCCUUGAAUACGUGCCUAAAGUGUCCAAUGGGAAAGACGUGCUUGAACAGAGCACAUGUCUAGGUUGUUUCGCUAUCAACGAAAAUGCUAGCUAGUAUAUAAUAUGAUGAUUACUUAGUCGUACCAUUGAUUAUAGAAUAGACUAUUCGAUAAUCAAUGAUACUAGCCACCGACGACGCGGCCGCGUCAUCGAUCUGAUAAAUAUUUAUUAUUGUUAUUUCAUCCGUAUCACCAAGGUAGCCCAUGUGUAAACAAAAAUAAAUAAAUAAAUAAGAAAUUAGUUAUUCAUACUAAAAACUCCUAUUUUACCCCCUUAGGGCUGAAUUUUCUUAGCGGUUACUUUCGUCAUAAUAGCUAUCUAUGUGCCAAAUUUCAGCCAGUCUAGUAGUUUAGAUUGUACGAUGAUGAAUCAGUCAGAUUAGUCAAAACAAGGUAUUUUAUGAAUAUAUAGAUAGAUAUAUUGUUGAAAAAGCUACACUAUUAACUGAAUUCCGCUCAGACUCGUUUUUCGUUAGCAAGGUUAAUCGUUGAUAUACAUUCAAUUUCCCCUCUAUCUUCCCAAAUUUUCACCUACAACAAUAGUGACCUUACCCGUCGAGCAAAGUGUGUUGGUUUUUUUUUAAAAAUCCAAAUAUUAUCCAUUAUAUUUUAGUCAGAAAAAUUAAAAAUAUGUUAGUACACAAUAUAUGUUCUACUGCCAAUAGACUUGAUUAUGGAUAAAACCUGACCGUAUUCGUUGUUUAAAACCAGUCAAAAAUGAUUAUCUUAUCGGAACCACUAAUGAUGAUAUUUCAGUUAGUACAAUCAUUUUAUUAAAUCGAAUAUCCCUAAUAUUAGAUAUUAAAUUUGAUUUCAAUUUUAAUUUCAGGGCAUAUUGAAUUAUAAAUUAGGUAUUUACAAUAAUAUAUAUGUUACGACAGUAGCGCACGCAGGAUUUUUUUUCAGGAGGGGUUUUUAUUUAUAAUAAUUUCCUAGAGGGAGAGAGUGCAUAUUAUCAGUAAAAUAAUAUUACUAUUAUUAAUGAAUAAAGGAUUUUUGAUCUAAUUAAAUUUCAUUUUAUUCUGCGGUAUAAUAUAUUAUGUUGUUGAAUGUAAAAUUUGAUUUUAAAAAUGCUGUGAAGGAUGAAAUUUCGGAAGGGGUUUUGGCUACCUACCCCCCUCUCUGUGUGUACCAUUAUAUUACGGGAAAAGUACGAAUACCGGUAAAACCUAGAAUACACUAAAUAGUUUGGUCAAAUCCCGAAUGAUAUUUAUAGUUUGGACUUUUACAAAUGAAAUUUGGUAAAUCUUAGAAUAAACAACCAGCGUUGGUGAAAUUCCGAAAUUGUUUACUAAUCAUGUGAUAUUUUUUCCCCUUGAUUUAUUUGAUUUAUAUUCGUAUUUUACUUUUAUAUUAUUAUUAUUAUUUAAGUACAUUAGGUAUAUAAGUACACACAUUUAUGUUAUUGUAAAUUAUUAUAUAUUGUGACAUUGAAUGUAUAUUAUUUGUAUAUAUUAGCUGCCCAUUCAUAUAAGCAUUGUCAUGAUUUAUGAGGGUAAUAUACUUUUUUGUUUCAAUCAUAUGUAAUUAAAUUCUAUAAUAUUUGAACAUUUUAAAUAAAAAAUUUAAUUAUAUACCUAUUGGAAUAUAUUAUGUAAGUAGUUACUUGAAAAUUUAUAUUUUACAAUUACGGGUAUCCAUAGAAAUUUGCCACUGAUAAAUUUAACUUAAAAAUGCACAACCAAAUUCUAUUACAUCAAUACAUUGCUUACAAAUUACAAAUACUGGGGGAGCCUAGUCUAUUAUUUCCCUGAAUAGUGGUUAACAAUGUUUAUAAUUAUUCAAAGUCUAUAUGAUUAUUAUUAUAAUUUAUAUAAUGGAAUGUUACGCUACCUGAUUUUAAUAGGUACUUUAAAACAAACUAUCUGCUAUAAAUAACUAUCUAAAUAAUUAAUAACAAAUUUUAUAAUUAGGAUUAAUAUUUAUAUUAAGUAUGUAUAUAUUUUCAAUACAUUUUAAUUAACACUAAUUUGAAUAAAAGUUAGUUGGAUACAAAAUAAAAUUCUAAAAAUUGAACCUUAUUGGCCAUGAACACCAUAUGCUAAAUAUGCUAAAUUUUAUUUUAAUAGAAAUUUACAAACCCCUCCCCCAAGAAGAUUUUUAAUGGUAUGAUUCAUAUUUAUUUUCGAGCUUAAAUAAUAUAUAUUUUAAAUUUUUCACUGAUUAUAAUCGGGUAAUAGGUUAUAUUUUUGUUAUGACUUAUCAAUUUAAUAUAAAUGUCAAACUUUGACCAAAUUAGGAUUAGGAGUCAUGGUCACAAUAUUAUAAUGUGAUUACAUCACAGAAUAGUUACAUGAGGACGUUAUCAUUACUUAAUAUUAUAUUUACGUUUUCAAGCAUUGAUGUAAUCAGCUGUGGUUUGAACUUCAAAUUGUAUUAUUAUUAUAACAUUUUUAUAUUGAUUUGUAUUGCUUUGUAUUUUUAAACUUAGAUUAAAAACUUGACUGAGGUUGAAUAUGGGUAAAAAAACGCUUGGUCGGGUUAGUUUUGCUUAUAUCCAUAGAUAUAGAACAUUUAAACUUCCUCUAUAACAUGGCCACACCAAAAACCUUUCAAACUCACGAGGUUAAAGUCGCUAGACCAUUCAAGUCAAGCGGAAAUAUUGUGUUAAAAGUCAGAUCUGAAUGGCUCGGUUGGUAGAACAGGCGGGGAAUAUUAUUUGAUUUUCAGUGAUUUGUAUAGGGUUCAUGCAUAUUUUUAAUCGGUUUAGUAAAAAUUAAAUAUGUACAAGGUGAUCCAUUUAACUAAUACUCCUAAGAUAUAUCUAUCUACAGAAUUUUUAAUAUAGGUUGCCAUUUUAAAAUCAAAAGUAGGUGGUUGUUUUACCUCCAAAAAUAAGGGUAACAAAAUAUAGCUUAAACAUAAAAUUUUAGAGCUGCUUAUUUCUUAAAUAUUCUAGAAAACAGAUUCCGAAAAAAGUUAAUACUUUCCGAGAUGAUGAGUGUACUCACUUAAAUGAAUUACCCGGAACUGACACGAAAUCCGAUAUUUUAAUUUUAUUUCCAUACCUAACGGAUAGGAUAUCUAAUAUCUAUGAAUUAUAUUCCCGAACAAGUGAUCAUUUUGAAUUUUUUUAAACUAGUUUAUUAUGUAAAAUCCUUAAGUUCUUUGUUCAAAAAGACGUCCUGGGAAAAACCAUUCUGAGCGCAAUUCAGUUGAUAGUGAUGUAAUAUAUAGUACAUUUUCUCGUUUUUCCUCAGUUUUUUUUCGGCUUUUCAUAUUUUUUGAAAAAACUUCUGGGAAAACCUCCAAAAGUACCUUUUUAGAUAUGCUUUAAAAAAAAAGUGCCAUCGUUUUAAAUCGGAGCAAAAUUGCUGUUAGAAAAGUUUGCAAUUCGAGGGGUAUUUUUCGAUUAAAAUAGUUCGAGUGAGCGAUAGCUGGGUCUCUAGGUACACCUAAAUGCAUUUGUUUUUUCCCUGUUUAGGUAAAAUGGAAAAAAUAAGUGCAAACAAUUUUUUUUGAAAUAUGGGAUUGAACUCGUGAAUCCAAUGAUAGGUAUGUAUAACCAUUCGGCUACGACCAACAUAUUUAAGUUUAGCAAUAUGUAGUGUUAUUUAACAUAACAUAUAAUAUCCGCAUAAUAUCAGAACUUCAUAAAACUUUAAUUCGAAACUAUGUCAGUCGGCUCAAUUCUUACUUCACAAUCGUUUCUAAAUCAGCAAUAUACAGAUGUUCAAAACAAAAAAUUGAAAAAUUAGAUUUGUUCUUUCCACAUAAUUUUUUACUCGAAAGAUUUUCGUCAAAAUUUGAUGUUAAAAUUCCUUUGUAAAACGAAAUGCUACCUUAAAUUCAAACCUCAAAGUAAGAAUUUUAAUGAACCUCCUUUUAAAUUUUCACGCAUUUCUGUUAGUCUAAUAAUUUUACCACAUAGUACCUACCGAAUAAAAAUAUAUUAUGAAAAUCCCUCGGUAAAUCAAAAAAUGACAUCCAAAAGUACCAUAUUGACAACAUUCUCUUUCAAAAAUGGUGCCACGCGUAUAUAUCUGAGCAAGAUUUCUGGUAUAAUUUUUGUACACAGUAAAAAAAAAAAAAAUAUAUACAUCUUUGCAAAACAAAUACAUUCUUCACUACACUCAGAAUUUAAAAUUAAGAUUUGAGUUAAUUUCCCAUUAAAAAUGUAUUAAAAAGUAUUAUUAAUCCUUUGAUUAUUGAGUAGAUAAUAAAUUAUUAUGUUAUAAUAACAUAUUAUAUUCACUUAGUAUAUAACUUAAAUGUACACAAAUCAGAAGUAUUAUCACAAGUAAUAAUAAUAGCAAUUAUGAGACAUAAUUAUUUAUUUAUCUAAAGAAAUAUUAUUUCGAAUCACUGCUUGUAUACAGGAUAAUUAUUUUAUUAUGAAUCAGCAAUUUUAUCGGAGAAUUUUGGUGAAUUUGAUUUCUGUUUUUAAAUUAUUAUGGAAUCGUUUAAGCUUUAUUUUAACACUUUUAAUUUUUCACCUCUACUCUUUAUGCUUGAAAUCUUUUUGUAAGACUUAUUUUUAUCUAAAUGAACCAAAUUUUUUAAAUAUAUAAAUACAAAUAAUAUUUGGUGUACACAUUAUGAAACUAUUACUAUAAGUAAUUUUGAUUACAUCAUUAGUUAUACAAUUUCAAACAUAUGUGGCAUCUGCACUACAGGCUCGUGUUUCUACAUCUGAUGUUCCUUUUUAUAUAAAGCGACGGUUUAAAGCACAAAUAAAAUGUAGUAGCUACUAAUCAAUUUUUAUCGUAUUAGCCGGUAAACACGACACAUGUAUAGUACUAUAGUGUAUAAAUAAAAAUAGUUAUGUAUAUUUACAAUAAACUGAUAAUUUUGAUAUAAAAAUAAACGAAAUUGAUAUUCGUAAUAUAUUUUAUCAUCGUUAUUUUUUGUUUAAUUUCAAGAAGUCUAUACAUACGUACCUAAUUUUUCUCAAAAUAUCGAAAAAGUAUUCGAUCGUUUUUUUCCAAACUAUCGAAGAAAGUAUCAGAGUAUAUUAUUAUCAUAAUUAUUACUGCUAACCAUUUUUUUUUUAAUCAUAACAUACCUGUUUUAUUAUCAUUUACCUAUUAUGGAUAAACCGUUCGAUAUAGUUUAAUGGACCGAUAGUUUGAUAGAUCUAUCGAUAGUUUUAAACUAUCGACUAUUUCAAUAGUUUCCAUUCAGUCGUGCCCAUCACUAAUAUAUUAUUAUAAGUACAUUGUUUAUUUGUAUUAAGUAGAAAUCACGGGUUGUACAAUUGGUUUUACUUUUAUAAAAACAUUAUUAUUGGGAAUUAUAUUCUGCCAAUCAUUAAUAACUUUAAAUGAGCCUAAAUGUGUUGAAAUUAUUAAUAUAAAAUAUUACAUUUUCAUUUUUGCGUCCUGUCAUGAAUUUCGCCUGGAUAGUUACCACCCGUCUCCCUUCUUGGUACAGCCUUGAAUAUAUUACUUAUAUGUAAAUCGUUAUCUCACUACACAAUAAUAUUUUUUAUUAUAAUUUAUUAUCGUGAAAAUAUACACACAUUACUUCAUUGCUAUAUUAUUGUACACCGUAAUAGUCAUACGUGUUACAGACAAAACGUUGUUUUGCUGAUAAUUAUAACAAUUAAGUUCAUUGGCGAAAAUUGAUGACCUUUAAUAUUUCAUAUGCAGUAUACUGUAUAUAUAUUAUUUAGUCUUAAAUUUAUUUGGAUUGUUGCAAAUGUAAAAAUAAUUUCUCAUGAUUUCUUUUAACACCUAUACUUUAAUUAUAAACAUAAACUCUAAAAUAAUUCUUAGCUUAAAAAAAUAUUAGAUAAUCAAAAUGUUUUUCAUGAUGGUUAUUAUUAUGUAUGUAUUCAUUUUUUUAUUCCAAGGAGAUAAUAGCUAUACUUCUCAUUACCUAUUGAAUUAUUGUUAAUUGGCUAUCAGACAUAAAUUAAAACAUAAACUAUUUUAUGGAUAAACAUCAUGUGAUUUAGUGCAUCAACUUGCAUCAUUUGAUCUAUUAAUUACAACCACAGACUUCUCCAAUGAUUUAUUUUCCGAAUAUAUAUUAUGGUUAAGUUAGUUUAAAUCAUUCAACUAAUUCCUAUUCCGUUAAUAACACUAUUACGGUUUUCAAUGAUGCUCUCUUGUGGGUUUUUUCUACUAUUUUUCAUGAAAAAGUGCCCGCUUACUUCGUAUACUUUUAAAAGAAGUGUUUAUGGCAUAAGUACUUGACUAUCGACUAUUGUUAGUAUUUAUUCUGCCGAUUAUAGAAGCAUAUUUUUCUUUGUUUUUCGUUACUGUUAUCACUAGAGAUAUUAAGUAGUUGAUAAAUAGAAUUUAAAUAUUAUUUUAACUGUGGGUUUGAUUAUACUAAAAUGUAUUGUUGUUUUUAUUGGAGCAAUAUAUCUGGUAGAAAACAUAAGUUACAAAAAUAAAAAAUCAUGAAAUUGUUAGGUUGUAAAUAUUUGUUCGUUUAUCCCUGUUUUCUUAAAUUUUUUCCGGGUUUUCCAAACUAUUAUAAAACCACUUAGAAAAUAAAAAAAUGACCUCCCUUAAGUAUUGACUUGAAAAAACAUCCUUUCAGAAAAGGUGCUUCAUAGGUGCUACAUAGAUAGUACAUACACUGGAGCAAGGUUUCUGGCUGCAUACACACUUAUAAUAAAAAUUAUUGUAAAACCAAUAUAUUCCCCGCUACGCUUCGAAUCCAAAAAGUCUAAUUUGGGAUGUGAUUUCCACGUCACCCCAAAACUCGCGCCUUAAAACCGUGAGUCCGCAACUGGUUACUAAGAUAAUUAAGAAUCGAAAAUGUACUAGAUAUUUAAAACUUAAAAUUGAAGAUAAAUAUACUGUAUACACAAUUCUAAUUCAAUUCAAUUCUAAUUGAACAUUGCUCCUUGCUCUUAUAGUAGAUUGUUUAAUUAAUUUGCAUAAUAUCAUAGUCUAAAUUAGAACUAGAAUUUUUUUUUUUUUGUAUGUAAAUAAAUAAGUGACUAUAAUAUUACCUAUGAACUAUUUUCACAAAUAACUGAUUUAAACUUUAAAGUAUUAUACAAUUUUUAACGUAUCAAUUCAGUACUUAGUUAAGUAACUGAUUUAAUAAUUACAAAUUUAAAGAUCGAUGUAAUGCGCAAGUGUUGGGGAAAUAUUUCUCUUAUGUACCAAUAUAUUUUUAACCGUCAAAUCAUAAUCAUUUAACUUACAAUUGUAAGCUUUAAAAAUGAAAAAAUGAGCAGUUAUUUAUCAUAUUAAUAUGUGUAUAGUUUAAAUUUUAGGAAUAUCACAGUAACAACAAAAUCGGUUUUUUUUUAUAACAGAAAAGUUAAAUUACAGUUUUUAGGCUACAAAACGUUUUAAAUUUUUCAUAUUAUUGGCUGACUUAUUUGUACCAAACGAUCACUCUGUAUGUUAUUUGCAACAAAAAAAAGAAAAAAAAAACAAAUAAUUCACUUUAUUUCGUUGCCAAAUGAUGUUAUGCAUAUACCUACCUACGUCUUGUGAGAUGGUUUAUAUUCUUAAAAUAUUUGUAUAAUUAGGUAACCAUAUAAGUUCAUCACUGAUAAAAAUAUAUUGUUUAUUAUAUUUAUAUUUUUUAUUUGAUAUUUUAUAUUUGAUAUUUGUAUGAUAAUGUGACCUAUUUUAUAUUUUACUUAAAUUAUUAAUAUGACGAAUUACAAUUUCUUGGUAUAUGUGUUAGACGUAAGUAUAAUAUUAUUCAGUGCGUCUUUAUAAAUUAUUGUGUUAAUAUUCGAUGAUUUUUGCUGAUUAAUAGCAUAUAUGUUUAUUGGUAAUUGGAAUAUAAUUAUUUUGCUUAGAUUAAAUUUUUAAAUGUAAUCAUUUUAUAUUUUAGUAUUUUCAGCUUACAAGUUAAAGAUUUUGUAGAUAUAAUUAUAUAGACACAACAAAAAACAUUACUUCAGAUACUAAAAAUGUAUAUGUAUGUAGGUGGGUAUCUACUUAAUAAGUGUUGUUUUACGCAUAUGGCGUAUACUGACUCAAGAGCGGAGUCAUUUUGUCUCAUAUUUAAGACGUUUAGCUAGAGUACAGAUAAUUGAACUAUAUAAAUCAUUUUAGACGAAUCAAUAUAGUACGCAAUAUAUUAUAAAGAAAAUAUAAAAAUAAUUUAAAGACUUUUUAUAAUGAUGAUCGUAGGUUGUUCCAAUUCAAAUAUUAAACUCGUGUAGUACCUACUUACUAAUAUUACUCGACUGUACUGACCCUUGCACUCAUUUGUUAAUGAUUCACAAUUGGUUGGCCUUAUACUUAUGUUUAUUGUUGCGUGUGUUCAUAUAUAAUAUACAAGAAUAGGUUAUAAACUAAAAAAAAUUAUAUUUUUUUGGUUCCAACUGAGCUUAUGUUGACAGUAGGUAUAAUUCUACCUAAUACAUAUAGUAUAAAAAUUCAAAUGUAUACAUUAGGUAGGUAUAUUAGGUACUAAUGGUUUUUACCAUUUAAAUUUUUUACUGGUAACACAAAAUCAUGAACUACACAUUUAUUUUUUAUGAGUAUUACUAUAACCAUACCAUUGUAUAAUCUAUAAUAGUCUAUUAUUAGUAGAAUUAUAGAAUGUCGAACUUAAAAAGACGUCAAAUACAAAAUCGACAGAAAAAGCGGUAAAUAUAAAUAUACUUCUUUAUUGUGUAUCUUGAAUUCAUAUUUUUAUAAAUUAAAUUACUCAUAAACUCAAUGUUUGUUAAUUUUAUUUUCAAGAGAUACUGAAGAUUCAUUUUUCUUGAAUGAUACUAAAUUUAUUAAGGAUUUUAGAUUGUCCAAAUAAUGCGUGCAUUAUAUUAUUAACAAAGUGAGGCCUCAUAUGACAUUAAAAAAACGUUCAAAUGGUCUAUCAUAAACAAGAAGGGUAGGUUACUUAUUGUUUAAUUUGACAACAAUAAUUUAUUUUCAAUUAGUUUCGGGUUCAUAAUCAAAAAAAUCUGUCAUUAUAUUGUUUUGGUUUUCACUUAUUUGUGCCAUUUAGAUGUGCAAUUUUUAAUUGUUACAAACAAAAAUAGCAAAUAUGAAUUAGUAUAACCAUAUUCCAUAAGUACUUAACUUUCAAAACAGUGUUGUCAAAACAUUUAAUUCUAUUUUUAUUUUUGUGUUAUCAAAUUAUCGAAUUGCAAAGAAAGAUUAUUUUUAAAGUGAGUUGUGCGGUAACAGUGAUAUGAUAAUGAUACUCGUGAGAUAUCAGUGACAACAGUGUCUCAAAAAUUCUUCUCAUUGUAAGGUUAUAAAGUUCAUGAAACGAGAUGAUUGUGAUAUGUGGUAUGAAUCGGAUGACUCACUUUUUCUUAAACCACCUCCCUGGUAUAUGCAAGGUGGGAAAUUGGGUCAAGUGAAAGUUUAGAACGAGGGUGGCUGAUCUCAAAUAGUUGGGAUGAAGGCAAAGGAGGAGAAGAAAAAGAAGAUAUCAUCGAUAAGAAUGGAAUGAUUUAUAUAAUUGAGUUUUAAUAUUGCGACGUAUAUUAAUGUAGGUAUAUGUCAUAACAUGAACAAAAUCACUUUAGUAACACAGACUAAUAAUCACGGUCUGCGACUUAUUAUGUAUAAUUAAAGUAUAUACGUGUUCUUUAAUGAUAUGAUAAGAAUAAUAAAAUGGUAGCAUUUAAUAUUUACUGUUUUUUGAGUAUCUUAACUAUGACAUUUUAUACUACUGUGUAUAGGUUUAUACUAUAUAUUAUAUUUGUCCCAAGGAAAAAGUCUUUUAUACUUUUUUUUAAUGUAAUUUUGUUCACUUUAUUUUUUGCUCCCGAUUGUAUAAGUGUAUAUAUUUUUAAAAUAUUAGUGUAUUAGUUUUUUUUAUGUGCAGUGUGCAUGUAUUUAAAAAAAUUUUUAUUUACUUGUAUUGAGAAUUAAACAAAAUUUACAUAAGCACUUUCUUCAUUCAGGGAACUACAGACAUUAUGUCACAUGUAUAUCGUGUAGUUAUUAUCCGUUUUGCGAAACGUUAAAGGUCGCUACAUUCUAUACGUGUUUAGCAUUUCGUGUUCCGUGUUUUCACGUUUUCGAGUAUUUUCAUGAAUAGUGUGUGAAGCUUUUACACUGAACAUUUUUUCGUGAAAACGGUGUUUUGUGACCGAGACGGUAAAUUGAUGAAAUCAAAGGAUACGAAAAAAUAAUUUUGUAUUGUUUCGAGUCAUUUCAUUGUGUUUCACGUUGCGUUUGUUUUCGUAAACACUAUAUACUUUUUUUAGUCCACCAUCUUCGUAUUUUAGUUGUUUUUUUUUUAGUUUUGAAGCCAAUACAAUAUAAAUUGCACUGAAAAUUGAUAAUUUAUCUUCGCUAUCACUAUUUAUUUUUAUUUAAAAAAAAUGAACGAACAUCCUCUAUGUUGAUACGACUAAACGUAAUUAAAUAACAGUAAGUACAACAGUACGAAAUACUGCGAAACGGAAAAUGUGAAAUACCAAAUGUCAAAACACUCAUAGUGUGUAUACUUUUUGAACGAAACACUAUGAAACACUACGAAACGUGAAAUACGCGUAGUGUAGAGCAACCAUUAGCAUCCAUUUCAAGAAAUGGAACCGUGGGUUCUCCACUUUGCAUAAUUAGUAAUUCACAAUAAGGAUUAAAUUUAAUAUAUUGGAUACUUCAACUAUGUAUACAAAUACAACAGAACUUGUUUCGUCAUUUUAAUUUUCAUAUAGCGGAACAAUACAUUCCACUUAUUAAACUUGAAGAGUAGAGAGGUAUGAUGUGUACUUUUUUUUGUGCCCGUGAACAACUUUUAUUUCAGAAAUCUUGUUCCAAUAUAUCAAGUGUUGCAGCUUUUCUGAAAAGUAAUUUUGUCUAGUUGAUGUAUUGAAGAAGUAAUUUUUUGAUUUUCCAAUGGGUUUUCAUAAUAAUUGGGAAAAACCAGAAAACAUUUUUUCGAAAAAACGCAAAUAUUUAACGUCGUGACGUUACCGAUUUCAUUGUAUUUAAUUCCUACCAGAAAUAUUGCUUCAAUUGAAACAUGACAAGUGAUCGUUUUUUUUUCUUUUAAUAUAUGACUACUAAUCAGUCGCAUGCACAGGGGUUAGGAGUUAUAUCUUCCCUAUUGGCUUGAAAAUACAAAUAAAUAUGAGUAAUCAAAUAUCAAAACGCAUAUAUUUUAACUAAGUUACGUGGAAAAGCUAGAUGCAUUGAUUAUAAUUCGGUUUUUUUUUUAGGAUCCAGCCUUUAAGUUACAAAUUCUCACAGUCGAGUAGACGAUUAUAUGAAUAAUUCACAAUUCUUAUUUGCUUCAUCCCCUCCCAUUGAAAAUUUCUCAGCACGCCACUGUCACUGAUAAAGAAAGUCAUUUAUUAAUUUUUAAAGAAGUUUUUGUAAUAAUAGGGAAAAAAAAACAAAACGAAUAAUACAAUUUUUUCAAUUUACAGUACAACGAUUCCGUUAUUUAAAAUUGUUAAGAUUAUAUUUUUCUAUCAAAAAUCUUUGUCUAAAUUUCAAGAAUAAAAUAUUUUCUGAAGGAAAAUUUUGUCUAGUUUAUGAGUAAAAAAGUCUAUGUUUAAUUUUUCCUGGAGUUUCCCAAAUAGUUACAAAAAAACGUAGGAAAUACAGCAUGUGUACGGUAUUUUGUUUUUGUUUUGUUUUUUUUUUUUUUUUGUUGUUGUUAUUCGGUAAAAAUUAUUAUAGGAAUUUGUAUUGAUCUUUUGUAGAUAUGGUAAAAUUUUGACGAAACUCGUAAUUAUUACGGCCUUUUAAAACAUAACAUCGAACUUCGCUAAGAAUCGUUUUUCGUUAGCAAUAAUUAAUCACAUACAGAUAUACAUUAAAUUCCACUCUAUAUAUCCUACCUUCCAAACUUCUUACUUACAACAGUGGCCCACCCAUCGUGGGAAGUAUGUCCGUCUUUUUACAAUUCAUGUUUCCUACUAAAAAUCUUGUUUUAAUCAAAAAAUGAUAGAUGACCUUGUAUGUAGAAUUUUAGAUCUAUAUAGUUAGUGAUCAAAAAAUCAAGUUUUGAUUUUCCAAGCGGUUUUUACAAUAUUUUCGAAAAAUUGAAAAAAAAGGCAAGAAAAACGAGAAAACGAGAAUUGAUUUUAUUAUUUUCAAUAUAUCUUUUGCUGUAAAAUAGACAAAAAUAAUCAUAGAGACUUAAAAUUUGCAUAAAAUAUUAAUAUUUAACUUUUCCAGAUGUUAAUAAAUUUCAAAACCUUCUAACGAUUUUUGAGCUGUUUAUAAACAUUUACUUUAAUAAUAAUGUAAAACAUAGUUCGCAAGUGGAUACAGCUACUGUUGUAAGUAGGGAGUUGGGAAGGUAGAAUAUAGACGGGAAUUUAAUGUAUAUCUGUAACAAUGAUUAACCAUUACUAACGAAAAAAAGAUACUGAGCGGAAUUGUGUUGAUAGUGUUUCCUUGUCAAUAAUAUUAACGUCAUAUUUUGGUAAAAUAAUUAAAUAUGCAUUAAACAUUCUUUUUAAUAAUAUUUGUUUAAUAUUGUACAUAUUUUUCCGUUUUCCCGCUUUACCUCCUUUUUAUCAGGUUUUUCCAAUAUAUUGAGAAAAAUUCUGAAAAAAUCAAAAAAUAAUCUCCAUAAAGUACCCCAUUCAGAUUUCCUUUUAGAAUUGGAGCUAUAUUUCUGGUGUGAACGUUGUUUACAGAUAAAAAAAAAAUACCUAAUACCUAUAUUUACCUAAUAAUAAACAUCAUUAUAAAACCAUAAGCUUCUCCUUUCCACUCAAAAUCUAAAAAUACUAAUUAAUCAAGCUGUUUAAAAUGAUUAAUCGUUGUGUACAGAUAAAAAUUAAAUUCCCUUGUAUAUUCUACCUUCUCAACUUCUUUCCUACAACAGUGGCUUAGCUAUCGUAUGAAAUAUGUCAGUUUAUUUUAAAAUUAUAUAAGGCUGGGAAAUUAAAUUAAAUUAAAAAUUAAUAUAUAUUUUGAACACAUCAAUUGAUUCAAAAAUUAAGUUAAAAUAUACCAUUAACUUAACUUAACAUCAAUUAAUACAAUUUAUUUUACUUCAAAUAAAUAUUAAGCUUUAAAAUCUGAUUUAAAUCUAAACUAGGUACUUAUACCUAUCUUAUCAAUUUAAUUCAUAAAUUAUAUUCUCAUAUCUAUUAUUUUAUGUUUUCUAAUUAUUAGACUCUUGUGGUUAAAAUCAAUUAUUUGUUUUUGGGAGGGAACGAAAUAAUUAAAUUUAAUAUUAAUAAUUAAUAAGAAAAAAAAGGUGGAUAUACUUCGCAUAAUGGGCGGACCACUGUUAUAGAUGAGAAGUUGGGAAGGAUCCUACCUUCCCAACUUCUCAUUGAGGGAAAUUUAAUGCAUAUCUGUACCUAAUCAAAUUUAAGUAUUGCUAACAAAAAACGACUCUGAGUGGAGCUUGGUUAAUAGUAUUGCUCAAGGUUGUCAUCGGCUCAAUUCCAUGGGGGGGGGGGGCAAACAAUUUUUACUCAUGAAUACCACCGCUUUGGUCAACAAAAACUUAAAACCUUUAAAUCUGAUAACAUUUCAACUUAUAUUAGCUUAGAAGAAUGCAGAUGUAUGUACAAAUGCAGUCAAACAGUACAAUUUGAUAGUUUAAUUAAUUUUUUUAACAUAAAAUAAAUUAAAAUAAUGCUAAUAUGAAUAACAAUAAUAAUAAUUAAUAAAAUAUAGAUAACGCAAGUCCAAAAUACCUUUAUUUUAAGUAGCGUUUUGCAAGCGGUUUGAUCAACAAUAUUUUCUGUAUUAAAAUUUAUUUCGAUUGAUAUUUAAAAGUGAUAAGCCAGUUAGCCUCUACUUAAAUUUUAUUUUUACCACAAAGUACGAAUUUUAAUGAACCUCAUGUUAAAUUCUCAAGAAUUUCUGUUUUGUCUAACAAUUCUAUUCACUGAGUAGGGACCUAUCGACGUACAAAACUCGCAAAAUUAAAAAGUCUAUAAAUUGCUCAAACAUUUUACCACGUCAAGAAAAGGCGAAUAAAGGUUUUCUGUCCAAAUUUCAAGUUUCUACGAAUAGUUUUAACUGAAUUACAACAAAAAUCAAAAUUGAAAAUAAUAAAAGCGUUAUUUUCGUGAAUUUUUCCGUUUUUCUUACGUUUUAUCCUGGGUUUUCCUGAUAUUAUGAAAACUGCUUGGAAAACCAAAAAGUGACCUUCCUAGAGUACCAUUUUGUCAAUAUGACAAUAUUUUUCUUUCAAAAAAGGCGCUACAAUUACAUUCCGAAGCAAGAUUUCUGGUAGAUAUUUUAAAUACAGUAUAAAAAAAAAUCAUUGUAAAUCCAAUAGGUAAAUUCUUCGCUACAACUACACUCAGAGUCUAAAAUUUAAAUUAAAUUAAUACUUUCUUAUUUGAUUUUAAAAAUAUAUUAUUUUAUUACAUCUUUGGGAAUUGAUUGUUUCCACUUAGUUUUCCAUAAAUUUAAUCUCACACUUGAGAGAAUAUUUAUUGAAAUUUAUAAAUGAGAAGUGUUUCAUUCUUGUUUUAAUCAAAGUAUUCCCAAGAUCCUGAAUUAUAUUGAUGGCAUUUGGAACCAGUUGAAUUUGCACUUAAGAACUAUGGAUAUAAACAAAACUUUGUAUAGCAACAAAAAACAUCAUACGAUUUAUAAGGAGGGGCGAUCGCCCCCUCGCUCCCCUCAGGAAUGCGCCUGAUGUUUAAUUUCACUCUUUUUAAAGUCGUACUUAACGGCCGUGACAUUUUCUAAACAGUGUUAUCAUAUACACAUUCACGUGGUAGAUGUUUUGGCAUUUUUUUUUAUUUUAGUCCGUGUCUUUUCUUUUUAAACUUGGCAAUUAAACUUAAACUCUCUUGUUGGCACAUCAAAAUAUGUGUCAUAUUACUAAAUUUAGAUAGAAUCGUAUGCUGUUUUCAGAUCGCCCGAUUGAGAGUUUAGUUAGGAUUAAACGGAACUAAUCUGCGCCUUUUCCUAAUGUUUUGUUUAUCUCUUCGUUUAAAUUACUAAACUGUCAUAUAUUAUUAUUCACACUGCAGCGCAUUUUGAUUAAAUUUAAUAAAUUAUACGAUGUGCGAACAUCAUAUGUAUAAUAGCUAAUAUACCAAUUAUUAUUUUGUUUAUAUUUUAUUUGGUUUAUUUACUUUUUCUGUUUAAAUAUUAUUAUUUAUUAUAAAGUUAUUAUUAACUUAUAAACCAAUAGGUAAAUAUUAUAAAGAUGAUAUUUAUUUGAUUAUUUAAACACUAAAAAUCUUAUAUUCUAUAGUUAUUAGAGGUCAGUAUUAUUGAGAAAAAAUAAUGAUGAAUGCGGACUUUGUACAGUUCUUAUACAAUAUGAUUAUAUAAGUAUAGUUGAUAUCUAUAGAUGGUAUCUACCUUCCUAAAACUAUAUUUUAAAAUGUUAUUAUAAUUUUAUUAGUGACCUAUGAAAAAGCUUCCAUAUUAUGCAAUAUUGGAUAAGCACCAAAUUGUGUAUAGGUUAUAACUUAUAAAUAAUGUUAUUAUAGUAAAUAAUAAACAACGUUAUGUAUAUAAUGUGGCAAUCAAUUGUUUCGAAUUAUAUGGUUAUUAUUGUAUUUUACCUUGAGUAACCUACACAGUUUAACGAUAAUAUAAUUACAUAGCUACUGUACAGGUAGUUAUAUAUUAUACUAUUUAUGCGGUUAAUGGAUAAGUAUAAAAGUAUUUUCUGUCAAAAAAGAAAAGAUAUUUUAAUUUUAAUAUAGGUACUAUAGAUAUAUUAUUACUUAUUAUUGAUGAUUUGUUGCUGCAAAAAACUGAGAUGAAUAUAUUAUAGGUACAACUAUAAUUUUAAAUCGGUAUUAGUAUUUAUAUUUUAGAUAAAAAUAUUAAAUUAUUGUUACCUUCCUAUAAGAACUAUACAAAUAAAUAUUUUAUAUUAACAAAUAUUAUUAUAUCGGUGAAGCAUAGACAAUUGAAAAUAUUAUCAAGUAAGGUCAGUAUAGAUAUCCACUUGAUAGAGGUCAUCGACCACUAGGACCACACCGAUACCACGGCAUAAUCUAUCCUCUGAUUCUCCAGACUUUCCAGUCUGACACUCAUAAUUAUUCCGUUUUCCGAUUACCUGUCUUGGUGUUUGAUUCCUGAAUAUAACCUGUUUUUUUGGUUAGACUUUUAACCCCAAUCUGAAGGACCAGAAUACCCCAAAUAAUUAGGGUACUACUGCAGCGCACCGCGAUCGCAAGUACACGGUGUGAUUGGAACGCCGCUUUCCUUACCCUAAACUUUGGAGGAAAGAGCAUUAAUAUAAAGUCAUAAAUUCUCGAAUGUUGAGAUUUUGCUUAAACCAUAUCUUCUUUAUAAAAAUGUUUUAAAGGAAAAAAACAAAUCCCUACAAGUAGGUAUGAUCAAUUUAAAAUAAUUAAUUUUAAAGAUAAGUUUGAUUUUAAAUCGCUUCAAAAAUAUUAUAUAGUUAACACGUUAUGACGAAUGAUAUUUAUGUCGGUAGUUAUUAUAGAUGUUCAUCAUAAUAAUUUAUUUAUUAUUGUUAUCUCGAAUACAACUAUAUAUUAUAGGUACCUACCUACAUUAUCUGUACGUACUUAACUUAAUUUGCAUACGUUCUACAUUAUAUAUUAUGUAUCCUUAUAUUAUUAUAAUAAAUUCCCUGAAUUAUAAUUUUUAAUAAAGUAAUAAAUUAAAAAUUAAAACAUCUUUUAUGUAAUUUAAAUUGGACAUUACUAUUUUUAGUUGAAAAUUUUAAUGACACCUAUUUUAAAUAGCAAAUGUUUCCUAAUAUAUGUAAAUAAUAAAUAUAAAUCAGUAGGUAUAGCCCAACUUCUUUUAAAAAUUAAUUAUAAAGCCGUUUCAUUUUAGGCCAAAGUUUGAUUGCCAAACUGAAUAAGUACUUUAUUACAGACCUAAAAACCCUAUGCCAACUAUAAUGUUGGACAUAAAAUGGCCUGUAUCUAGUUAUUGGGAACUUAAUAUGAAUUUCACUUGAUUACAUUUUUAGGAUUUGGGCGCCACUGGGUAUAGACAUUAUAAUCAAAUGAGUAUUAUAGUUUGCUUAGAUUAAUUACUUAAUUACUACUGUGCGUUUAUUCAUUGACAUUUUCUGUACAUAUAUAAGAAGGUAUCUAAUAUGUGAAUAUAUAUAAAAAAAUUGUUUUUAUAUUGUUCUUGUUUGUAUCAUUUAUUUAUUUUUAGAUUCUGAACGAAGCAAGGAAUGUAUUGGUUUUACAAUAACGUUUUUUUCUUUUUUUAUACUCUAUACAAAACGUUUAUCAUAAAUCUUGCUCCGAUUUUUAAGGAUAGUAUCUUUCCUGAAAGAGAAUUUUAUCUGCUAAUUGCUAAUGCUAAUUUAGGGAAGUCAGUUUUUGACUUCCCAAAGGGUUAAUAAUUGAGAAUACCGGAAAGAAAAUUAUAAGUAAAACAGCAAAUAUUUAAAAAAAUAAUGCAUUUAUUAUUUUCAAUUUUGUUUUUUUGUUUGAGACUUGAAAUUUUUAACAAAAACUUAUAUUUGUUUCUUUUAGAUAUGGUAAAAGUGUCAAAACAUUUGUGCCAUUUUUGAGCUAUUUGUAGAUAUUUUAAUUUUACGAGGUUUUUUUACGUAAUAUUUAUUCGGUAGAUACUCUGUGGAUACUAUUGUUAGACCAAACAGAAAUACUUGUAAAUUUAACAGAAGGUUCAUUAUAAGUUAUACUUAGUGAACAACAAGAAUCAGUUGAGUUUAAUGUGUACCAUUUUUUUGUUAUACGAAUUUUAAAAUCAAAAUUUGACGAAAAUCGUAAUUAUUAUGGCCCUUUAAAACAUAUAUAACACCGAACUCCGCUAAAAAUCGUUUUUCGUUAGCAAUAAUUAAUCACAUACAGAUAUAUUUUUAAUUUCUCUCUUUAUAUCCUACUUUCCAAACUUCUCACUUACAACAGUAGUUCCCACUUAUCGUAGGAAGUAUGUCCGCCUUUUUACAAUUCAUGUUUGCUACCGAAAAUCUUGCUCCAAUCAAAAAAUUGCAGACGACCUUUUUUUAUAGAGUUUCAAAUCUAUGGUUAGUGAUCAAUAAGUCAAUUUUUAAUUUUCCAAGCGGUUUUUAUAAUAUUUUCGAAAAUUUGGAAAAAAAAUAUGGGUAAACGGGAAACCGGGAUUAAUCGUUACAUACAGAUAUACAUUAAAUUCCCUUUUAUAUUCUACCUGUUCAACUUCUCACCUAGAACAGUGGCCAACCCAUCGUGCGUUGUAUGUCCGUCUAUUUUAUUUAGAUAGGUAUGUAUUCUCUUUUUGUUAUGAUAAUAAGUGUUCGAUAUUAUAGUAAUGGGUAUACAGAACUACUUAAACGUGCGUUUUAAAAUGCAUAGUACUAUUGUUUUUCCGUAUUACGCGUAACAGAUAUUCUGAUCGUUCCAAAACAAAUUAAAUUUUCAUUGACCUUAAACUUAAUAGGCAGUUGACUAUAAAUCAAUACGUCAUAUUAUUCAUGUUAUUAUAAUCUGACAAUAAAUCUUCCCGUUGAAGAUUUCUGUGGCAUAGUACAAGGACCAACGUCAAAAAAAAAAAAUGUAUUACAAUAAUUAUAGACUUGACGUCAAAUUUUUAUAUGUACAUUCAUUUUUUUGAACUUCCAAUUCCUUUUCUAUUUUCAAUUUAUUUUCAUGCAUUUUUUUUUUUUGUCAUUGGCCUUUCUUGCACUAAGCCACAAAUAUAUAUCCAUAUAUAACUGGGGGUAUGGAGACUUGAUUUGCAGUAUACUUAGUUUGAUUUUUGAUCGUAUGAUAGAAUUAUAAUAAACUAUUAGGCAUUUCAUUACUAAUUAACAUGUGUAUUACUCAUAAUACCGGAAAUGCAUGAAAUUAUUGGUCAUGCACCUGAUUUUGGAUAAUUUACGCAUUAUUACGCAUUGAACAAAUUCUAUAAACAAAUAAUGUACCCAUUAAACGGGCCUAAUGAAUGAACACGGUGCACGUCACAUUAGUUCAACGGUCACAGACAAUUUUUAUCGACUCCGAUGAUAAGAACUACGGCGGGGCGUGCACUAACCGCGUGUAAUUAUAAUACAGAUGCCGACAUCAGUGUACGGUCGAACGGCAUAAAUGACACACAUGUUUUGAUAAUAUAUUGUUAUUAUAAAUUUUAAUUUUUAAACAAUAUUUUGUAACGAAAUUAAAAUAUUGUACUUUUUUUAUUAUCAAUUAUAUCUUAUUUUUCGUAUUUUUGUUGUAUAUAUAUAUAUAUAGUGUCCGGCAGAAUGUAUUAUAUUGCAGUAUUGAAUUAUCCAAUUGGUUUUCUACAAUAACAGGACCCCGCGCUGUCUGAAAUAUUAUACAAAUUUUAAAAUUGAAAAAGAAAUUUUCAUUUUUUUCCAUCCACGUUUUUAAAUUUCAUUGCAUCAUUAUGAAUAAGGAACCGCCAUAUUCGCCGAAAUACUCUCCGGUGAACAUGCGCAACGAACGUAUCGGUUCUACUGCUGAAGCCAAAAGCAAAAAUGUCGACGAUGACGGGUACGUAAGCAAAAUGAAAUUAUUCUUGAACAGUCCAUUGCCGCUGGCUAAAAAACCGUCAAAGAGUAAAACUACAUCUAAGAGUUGCCGUUGUGAGUACCUUUUUCAUAUUUAUUACCUUAUUAAAUUUCUAGUAAAAAUAACUACCUUUAAGUUUAGAUUCAGAUACUCAAAGGUUAAGUGUAUACCUAUAUGAAAUUUAAGUCUUAUAUUUUGAAAUGUUCACUAUACAUUUUUGAAAUUUAAAUUUAUUGUACACAAUAUCUACAAUAUCUAUAUAAUCAAUUCACUAACACAAAAAUAAGUACAUUAAUCACUCUCGUUUUGUUCAAAAUGACAGACAUUGCUUUGUAUUAAAUUAAAAAAUAAACUAAUCGCACCCUGUAUUGAAAUUGUUCUGAAAUUUGUGUGAUGAAAUUCAAAAAUGGUUAAAAGUUGUAUAGUCUAUAUACCUAUACAAUUAUAAAAUAAGUAAAUUAUCAGAUAAUUUUAUAAGUUACAGUCAGUGGCGAAACGAACCUAAAAUAACCCAGAAACAACGCUGGUAUAAUCCACCUAGUACCCGUCCGCCAAUAAUUCCAACAUUCCUAUUAUUUUUUACCAAAUUCGCAGAAAACGUGUAGAUACUGCUGAUUUAUUUUAGUUAUUUUUCGUGUCAAGCUCACCCCAACGAAAUCGAAAAUCUCGCCGCUUCUCAAAGGCCGCGUUCGUUUCGCCAUCGGGUACAGUGAUGAUUGAUGAAAGAACAUAUGGGAACUUAUCGUAAGACACUCAUUUAUUUUUAAUUUUUUUGAUUCCGAGUGAAACGAGGAAUGUAUUGUUUUUACAAUGAUGUUUAUUUUUUUUAUAUGAAUACUUUUUCUAUCAGAAAGCAUACUCCAGUUAUCAAGUAUAGCACCUUUUCUAAAAGAAAAUGUUCUCUGGCUGGUACUCUAGAGUGAUCAUUUUUUUAAAUUCUCAUUAAUAUUCGAGGUAAUGCGAAAAACCUCGGUCUUUAGGUUAGAAAAAAAUUAAAAGAUUAAAAAUAAGGUUGUCAUUGGCAACCAUUUUUAUUUAUUUUAUGUUAUUAUUAAAUUUGUAUUAUUUUAAUCUUUUUUAAACAAUCAUUGUUAUCAUGGAAACGCACAUUGUUGAUUUCAUUUUACCAUAAUAUGGCAUAUACCAUAUAUUGUAUUGUUGACAAAACAACACUAUCAACUGAAAUUCGUUCAGAAUCGUAUUUUCGUUCGCAAUGGUUUAUCGUUGCUUACAGAUAUACAUUACAUUUCCGUCUAUAUCCUACCUUCCCAACAUCCCACCUACAACAAUGGAUGCACUCACGUUUGAAGCAUGUCCGUUCUUUUUCUAUUUAUUUACGAACAAAUUGUCCAAUUUCAAGUAUAUUUAUAAUAAUGACAGUUAUGAAUAAAGUAACAUUUUCAACGUUAAUGAACUUAAUCAAUACAUAGCAAUAUAUAAGAAUAACUAUAAUAAUGUAUAAAAUAAUCACAUUUAAUAGUUAAUAAAUAAAUAUAUAGACAACAAACAAUGAAGUAUAAGUUAAUACAAAUUAUGAGAAUAUAAAUUACUUGAAUAAAUUAUGAUCAUCAAGAUUGUUACCAUGAGACAUUAAAAUAUUGAUUGGGUGAUUUAACAUGUAGUUUUUUGAAGCCGGAUGAAUAGAAAAUAAAUGGUUAUUUCGAGUGUUAAGUUAGGUAUUUUGAAGUUUAUCAAACUUAAUAUAAACGAAUCAUUAAUUUCAUUAUUCAAUCAUUUAAAGAGAAAAGAGUUGUAACUAUUAAUUCUGCGUUCUUUUAAAGUAUCUAUUUUCAAGGUUCCUAUGUUUUCAUAACCUCUGGGGAAUUCUAUCUCUAUUACAUGUAUAGCAUAUAAAGGGAAGCAAUUUAUUUGAAAAUUUUUUUAAGUUAGUUAUUGUGACAUGUUAUUAUUAUUCCAGACUAUCGAUACGUAUUUUAGUAAGGAUCGGAUAAGAGAAGUAUAUAGAUAUUUGAAAGUAGAUGGAUCGUUAAAUUUUAAAUUUAACAUAUUAGGUUCUUCAAGAUAAAAAAAAAUCAAUCUAGGAUAAAAAGCGGUAGGCAAAGCAAAUUUUGAUAAGUUUAUGGAUUAAUAACUAGUAAUUUGUGGUUAACUCUAUCAAAGGCUUUUUCGAAGUCUUUAUAGAUAACAUCUGUUUACUAAUGAUUUUUAAAAGAGUCUAAGAUGUGAUGUUUGAGGGUUAUUAGAUUAGUAAUAGAUGAUUUAUGACUACGAAAACCGUGUUGUUCGGAUAUUAAAGUAUUCUUAAAGAGAGAGGUAAUUUUAAAAGUUAUAAUUUUUGAGAAUAUUUUAGGGAUAAUAGAAAUUAUUGAUAUUGGGCGAUAAUUUGAAACUAUGGAUAUAUUUCUUUUUUUAAAGAUAGGAGAAACAAAGAUUAAUUUCCAUAUGGAAGGAAAGAAUCCGUUUUCUAUAGAGGUAUUGAAGAUUAUACUUAUGCAAUGAAGGAGCAGACAAACUUGCAGUUAGAUACAAAUAUAGGAGAAAAGCUAUCUGGUUCGAUAGCCGUCUUAUAACUUGGGUUCUCAAAUUCAUGUAAAACAUUAAGUUCGAUGUGUAGUUCAUUUAUCAUACUAGAAGAUUCAAUUACAUCAUAAAAGAAACAAUCUGCUUUAAAAUAGUAUAUUUCCGUUAUCUUUUGUCUCCCUUAUUUUUAAGGGUUGAAAUUGGGUUGAAACCACUACUCAGUUUUAAUUUUCAAAUAUAGCGACCUAUAUUAAAAAUUGCAUACAUAGAUAGAAUAUAAGUUAAAAUAAAUAAAUAAAAUAAAUUUGUGUGGACAUUUUUAACUUUCGUCAACCUGUUGACAAAAUAUUCCACUUUUAGCUUUGGAUAGGAGGAGAGUAAUAGAGAAUAAUUUGUGUGAUGGCGUGGCGCUUGGCAUUUGAAAGUGUUUCACUUCUCUCUAAGCACAAAACGGCUUACUAAAAAGUGGAAUAUUUUGUCAACAGGUUAACGGGUUAAACAUUUCAACAACAAAAUUUAUUUAAACAAAAACUUCAUCUAGAGAAUAAAAAGUGGUUAAUGGUUUUACCCACCCCCUCCAAAUAAGAGUGAAAAAAAGCAACAGUAAGGUAGAAUUUUAAAGCUACUUGGUUUUUUAAAUGGUAUAAAACACAAAUUUCCAAAAAGUGAAUACUUUCCAAGAUAAUGAGUGUUUUACGUUAUGUUGGUCACGCUGUAUGAUAUAUAUAUAUGCAUUUUUAAUUAUAUUAAAUUAAACAAUAUCGAUUUCUUUCGAUAUCGAAACUGGUUUGUAGUUAGGUACCUAUUAUAAACAAAUUAUUAAACUAAUAUAGCAUGUUUCUUUUCAAUUAUUUUAUACCAAAUCAUGACUAGUCUAUUACAACAGACGAUCAAUAUUACUCAAUCGAUUUGUAUGAAAUAAAUAUAAACUAUAAUAUUAUUACUUAUAGAACUAAGUAAGUAGUAACUGUUAAUACAUUUUCUUUAAUGACUUUUUUUCAAUACACCGAUGAUAAUAUAAAAUGCGCCUUCUUUUAGAGAUUUUUUUAUUUAUUGUAAUUUUCUUUUUAGUCAAUAAUAAUAACAUCGAAGUAAACGUACCAAAAAAGGUACCUAAUUUGAAUAUAUAUUUUUGUGUUAUUAAUGUAAUAUUGUACAUUGGUACAUGCAUUAGUUUACAUUACUGCAAUCACUGCUGCGAUUAAUGAUGUAUAACUGUAUGAAACAAUACCAAAAAAAAAAAAAAAAAACGUUAUUCGCAUAUUACUAUUUACUAUUGAUGAGCUUCAUGGUCAAACAUUUACUUUAAAAUUAAAACCAUUAUUUAAAUCACGCGCUGAGGUAAUACGUUCCAAUUUAAAUAGAAAUUGUAUACGUUUAAAUUUAAAUUGGAAGUAGCUAAAUUAACACAAAUAUUAUAUAAUGAAUACAGAUUUUAUAAACUCGUUAUUUAAUUGUUCAUUAAGAGGCAAUACCCGCAUGCCGCUCUCAGUCCAACUAAUGGACAAUAUAUAGCAAAAUCUACUUUUCACAAACUGCGUAGAACCCUCUUAAUUUUGGUUUUAAAGUAAAAGCUCUUAUUAUAAAAAUUGAAAGAGAAUAAUAAUCCUGAGAGCAAAAAUAUGCGUUUCUUUUUUUUAAGUUAAUUUUUUUAAAUGUUGUAGUCAUUUGAAAAGAAUGUAUUGAAGUUAUAUUCGGAAUAAUAAUUAGAAUAAUACGAAAAAAGCAAUGUCUUGCCCUCUGGAAUAUUAUCCUAUUUUAAUUUUAUAAUUUUUUUUUUAUUUAAUUAUUAAUUAUUUUACUCUAAAAUCAAAAUUAAGCGAGUUCUACACAGUCUGGGUUUGGUAAAUUUUUCUACAUCACUUAUUAGUUAGACUGAGACUGCUCAGUGCACAUGCAUCCUCUUAAUGGCAAUUUAGUCGGUUCUCGAUAAAAACAUAUCCAAAAUACAGCAUACUAAUAUAAUAAUAUCGAAAAAUAUGAAUUGUCUCCUAAAAUGUUUCUGAAAAAACGGCAUAAGUAUACUCUUAUGAGUAUUAUUUAUACAUAGGCACAAUUAUACAAUAUAUUUCAAAUUUGUUUAGUCUACUAAAUAUAUUGUUAAGUACUUACCAUGAUUUGGAAUAACAUUUUUUAUAAUACGAGUAUAUACGAGUAAAGAAAUAUAAAAAAUUAAUGAAUUUCCUACAUAGGAUAAUACACUUUUAGAUAAUGAAUGGAGCGAAGAAAUUUAAGAUUUACAAAGAUGUUUAUUUUUUAAUUUUUUUUGUUUUUCUAUGAACAAAUUUUCUACCAGAGAUCUUGCUUCGAUUUUUAAGUGGAUAGGACUUUUUCCGACUUACAAUGCACUUUUUAUUAAAGGAAAUUUAACCAGAAAGGUACUUUAGGGAGGUCAUUUUUCGAUAUUUUCUCAAGAAUUGGACAUAUGAACAAUGUGAAUAACCGAGAAAAUCGGUACAUUAAAUAAAUAUAUAAUGCCUAUUUAAUUAUUUUACCAUAUUAUAAUAUAUAUAUAUUGUUGACAAAGCACUACAUCAACUGAACUCUGCUUAGAAUCGUUUUUUCGUUAACAAUGGUUUAUCGUUGCUUACAGGUUAUACAUUAAAUUGUAUACAUUUUAUCCUAGGACAUAUUUUUUAGAUUUGUACAGUUCUUUCUUCUCUUUCGCCGUCAUCUCAACUAUUUAAAGUCAGCAACCCUCGUCCUAAAUUUUUACAUAAAGUGAAUAAUGUAAAAAAAAAAAAAAAAAAAAAUAAAUAUGGUAAGAGUAGUUACCUACCUAAAUGAAUUACGCGGUAAAUUGUGAGUUAGUUUUAACCAUUAUGUUUUAUCAUUAUUUUAAAUCAAUUUCAAGGCAAAUAGUAACAAAAUACUCGUAUGCGAAUAAAUGCAAUGGAAAUUGUAUAGAUACCUACAUAAUAACAAUAAUAUAUAAAUAAUAAAACUCAAUUAAUAAAAUAUUACGAAGUACUACUACAUACGAUUAUACGAGUAUGUAUGUAAGUGGAAAUCGCCACACACCAAGGUUUUUCUUAUCUUAUUGCUGUGCACACGUGCACCUAGCACAGCAGAAAAGGGUUCACAUAGAUCAAAGUGAUCAGACGCAUAAACAAUAGAAUAUUGGAAGGCACAUAAGUCGUGUGAUCAAAAAUUAUAAUGCAGAUAUAAUUAUCUUCUAUUAAUAUAUAUUUGUAUGAAUAAUAUGUGGUUUGAAAUAUAAGGGUCCUAUACAGUGUCAUAUACUUACUCAAAUUUCAAAUUAAUAACUUAAAUACUUCGAAGCAAAUAAAUAAUCUAAUAAGUAACACACAUUAGGUACCUACUUAUUAUAGUGUACUGUGGCUGGUCGCUGGCGACUACUUGUGACUAAUAUACUUUAAUACUAAGGAAUUAAGAUCUUGCGACAAUUAUAAAUAAUAGAAAAUAACGUGUCACUAAAAUAAGCCCGCAUAAAAUUCUUAACCUCUUAACUUCCGAUCCUGAAUUUUCGUAAUAAAUAAAACGUCAUGCCAUAUCAAUUAUUAUUCUAUAAUAAAUAUUAUAUUCUAAACAGGUGGGCGUCUAUUUUAAAUGAUUUAAAAAGCAUCAGAUUAAAUUUAAAUUCUAAUAAAAUAUCAAUUUUGCAUUAUAGUUUACUAUUCAUAAAUAUUAAAUCUGUAAAUCAUAUAACAUUUAAUGUAUUAAAUCUCAUUUAAAUAUGUACUUGUAGCAAAACGACACAAAUGUCAUUAAAAUAGAAACGACCUUCAUUAAUAUUUGUGGAAUUCUAAUAAUUUAACCAAAUUCAGAAAUAGUUUUUAAAUCGUUACACUACAAUCAUAGUAGGUAUUUAGUAUUUAAUUAUGUCUACUUAUAAAAACAAUUUGUCUACUUUUCUAAUUAGAAAUUCAGCAAAUUUUCACAAAUAUUAACUCAAAUAAACAAACGAUUUCCAAACCAAUUUUAUCUACAAUUAGUACAAUAUUUUGUAUUAAAGCCAUUCUGUGCUAAAUGCCUGUCUACUACUGGAUUGUCUUUAUAUUAAUGAAUUUCAAUAGAAAGAAUUCGCCAAUCCUCAAAUACAACAACCUAAUGUGACCAUUGUGAAGAAAAAAAAUGUACAGAAUGUAUAAUCCAUAAAUAAAUCUUAUUCGUAGCUCAUACGUCGAAUCAAGAAAAAUGUGUUCUUUAAAACUUAACGUGUUUUAAUUAUAAAAUAUCCACACAUAUGGGUAGGUAACCUACCUAGAUAUACAGAGUGAUUAAUUUAAAAGGCUAUACUAGAUUUUUCUAAAAGUAUUGACUUUUUUUCAAAAAUUUUAGAAACAAUCAGCUUUUAAGUGUUAUAUUUACAUUAUUUUUCGUCACCGUUAUUUUUGGAUGUGAAACGAUUAUAUACUUUUGAUUUUCAAAUGGCAACCUACCUAAAUUUCGAAAUAUCGAGUGGUAGCCACUUAUUAACCUUAUAUACAGUGUACACAUUAUGAUUUUAUUAUGAAAUAUUGUAUGAACUUAUUUGGGUUCACAUAUGCCGAAAAUAAUAAUAUUGGUAGGUUUAAAAUUUUGGUGAUAGAUACUAAUUAAUUAAAUGUGUUCUUUUAUAUGAAAUAGAUCAACUAAUACACAGUUGAUGAGUGUCACAUUAAAAUAAAAAGCUGCAGUUUAAGUAUAAUUAUAAUUUUUAUAUAAUGAACGUAUUGAGGAAUGCAUCAGUUUUAUCAUGAUGUGUGUGAUUUUUUUUUCUGUCUGUAGACAACUUUUCUAUCAGAAAUAUGAUUUCAAUCAAAAAAUGACGAUAGAGGUUUUUUUUAACAUUUUUUAAUUUUCCGUGUAUUUUUCAUAAUAAUUAGGAAAAACUGGGAAAAAUUUACUGCAUUAACAGUUUCAUUAUUUUCGAUUUUGUUUUUAUUAUUGUUAUUUAUUUAUUGUUUGUAAAAAUAACCGUGGAGAAAUUUGAAAUGUGCACACAAUGUUUAUAUUGGCCUUUUUUAGACAUUUUACCGUUUCGGCGCGGGGCCUUGUGUACCGGACGAGCGUUAUGUGACAACCCGCUUUUGGAUUGCAAGGUCGCUAACCUGGAAGCCGAGAUCCGGGGAUCGGAGCUCCAGAAAUUGUAUAUAAUACCGCUGAAAUAGAAAAGGGGAAAUAUCCCUUUAACGUGCAGAAGAAAACAAACAGGGGUUAGAGGCACGAACUGGUUUUAUUUAACAUAAUUCGCGAGAAAAGUCUCACGACAUAAAAACUCGCACGAACAAAAAAUAAUAGAAUAAUAAUAAUACAUAGACAUUAAAAUAUUAACAGGUAAUUUUUAGCAGGUAAAUUUAGGAAACAAAAGAGAAAAUAGGAACAUGGUGUAUAAUGCGCGUAAAAUAAAUAGCUUCUCAUAUUAUUGACAACGCGCGCUUGCGUUUGCCCGUGUUGGGGACGAGGUGUUCGCCACGCGAUUAAGACAAGUUAAAUGGACGGUCAUGUGAAACUCACGAUCAUGAAUCAGUAAAUUAUUUUUGUAGAGACUCGACCGGGAUUACACGGUUUCCAAAACGUACAAAUUAUGACCGGAACAGAGGGUACUAGCGAGGGCAUAGUUCCAUUGUUGAAGUCCUAAAAACGGCCCUACGGCCAACCCAGUGAGGUGCGCUCCACUUCAGUGAGCGUUUUACGCGAAGGGGAAAAAAUGAAUACACGGACACUACACUCGUCACCAACAGUCGGCACAACAUUUAUGAGCGAUGCGAGAGACGAGCAGAGAGUAAACAAAAAUCGGCGGGAUUUUGAACUAAGUGGGACAUAACCGGUGAACGCACGGGUGCAGGAAUAUGACGAGAACAAAACGGAGUGGGAGAAAGAAAAAUAAAACGAAUAAUAAUAAAAAAAAUAAUACAAUAACACAAUCAUGGUGAUCGAUUUUCGGUAACAUCGUAGACAUACUUAACACGAACUAAUACUUAAAUAGGAAAAAAAAAUAACAAAAAAAGGUUGAGUACCGGCCAAGGAAAAAAUCGGUAAUUAAAAAAAUGUCCAUUACUUCACCCUAUGGUCCACCAUGGUGCUCGGACGCACCCGGAAUUGAAAGUUUUCCUCAGCUCAACAUCCUAAUGCACAGGUGGACAAAAUGAGACAGAGACGAAAAAAAUAAUGUUCCGUCGCGUGUCACCGAAUUACCGUGGCUCUCGAGCAGUUGCGAUAAAAAUAAUAUAAUUUUAAUUGGCCGAUACCUACUCCUAAUCAGUUUUUACCUUUUACGUAAUUUCCAUAUCCGCGCGGGCGGCAUGUCGUUUGACGUGGACGCGGUAGAUAGAGAAUGAGUGGUGGUGUUUUGUGGACGGACAAACAGUGCGUUGGGUGCUCUCGCGCGUUGCGGGGUACACGGUAAAAAUACCUAUAUCGGUACAAUCGUACCGCUCGUGAGGUAAAAGUCACGUACCGGUUUUAAACGCCACAACAUGGUAAAAUUUUUAAAGAAUUUUGGAGAUUUUGAGCUAUUUAUAGGCAUUUUACAUUUCAUAGUUUUUGUUUUUAUUUGAUUUUAUGUGGUUAAAAUUGUUUGUCAAACAAUUUAAAAAGUGCUGUCAAAUAAUUGUUAUUGAACAAUAAAAAUUCUGAAUGAAAAUUGUGUAAAAAAAAAGAAAGGAGUGUUGUAAUAAGAUGGAAAGUUUUAUUAUUCUGUACCUUUUAAUCUGUUUUUUGAUACUCGAAUGACAUCCUAUAUUCGAAAUUCUAUAGAGUAUUAGUUCAAAUAAAUUUUAGUGUUGAUAUUUUUAAUUUCAGUGAACCUGUUAACGAAAUAUUCCACUUUUUAGUUUAGGUUGAGAAAUAGUAUAGUAAAACACUAUUUAAACGCCAUGCGCUGUGCCAUGCAACCACACAAGCGUAUAAUGUUCCCAUUACUCUCCCCCAACUUGUACUUAAAAGUGGAAUAUCACCCCUAUAAGGGCGUCUAAACAUUUCAAGCGCACAUAUAAUUUUAGAUUUUUCUAUUUAAUACAAAUGUUUCAUUAUUCUCUAUUUUGUAUAUUUAUAUGAGAAAAUUACUGUAACAUACAAUUCUGAUCACACUGUAUUUCAAUAUAUUGGUAUAAGUAUAACUAAAAAUUCUGUUUGGUAUUGUUAUCUAUAUAUUAAUAAUUAUGAUUUAUGACUAAUAAAUCAUAAAUAAUUUUUUAUAAUUUACAUCAUUACUAAAUAGCGCAUCAUCACAGAUUAUAAAAUAUUGUAAUACUAUCAUUCGAACUGUUUUUUCUACUGUAGUUUAAUUAGGUAAGUAAUCAUCUAUGAUGUUUAUUUUUAUUUAUUGAGUAACUUUGCCCAUCGUAAUCUUAUCAACUUAACACAAUCUUAAAAUGUUAAUAUUGUGUAUUUUAUAAUAGUACCUACUCAUCAUAUUUGUUUAUCUAUCUAAAGGAUUAAAUACACAAACAAAUCACAAAUAUAUAUACUAUAUUAUGUUCCUACAUAAUGUUUAUUAUGCUAUUGCAAUGACACACGACUACACGAUUCAUAAUCUUACUAUAGUUUAAUGACAUAGGUACCUAGUAAAAUCAAAUCGUUUAAUCUAUAAUAUAAUUAAUUUACCUAUUAAAUAUAGUAAUACGCAUACGUUAUUUUUCUGAUUGUAUUAUAAUAUUUAUUAUUCGAUCAACCUUAAAAUCACACUUGUUAUUGAAUGAUUUUCAGCAAAAUACAAUAAAAAAAUAAUAAUUGAAAUAAUAUAUAAAAUAAUUAUAGACAUACAUCGGGUUGCGUAAAAAUCAUUCUAUAAACUAUUGGUUAUAACCACUUGCUUAGUCAUCAGUAUAAACAUUUUAUCCAUGUCAAAUUAAAACGUGAUAAUUCAAUAUCAAGUUAUUAUAUUAUACAUUCUUGUAUUUUAAAUACAGUAUAUAUAUAUUUCAGUAUGUAUAUUUAAAUAUACUAUAUAUUUUUAAAAAUGACAAAUGAAAUAAAAAAGGAUAGAAACUUCACAGUGGCGGAAAAAUGCCUAUUAAUUGAUUUAGGUUUACCACAUUAAAUAAUUAUUGAGAACAUUAAUUUAAGUUAACAUUUUUACAACAAUAAACAAUAACAAAAGUAACUAGUAACUAUAUUUACUAAAUUUACAACAGUAAAUAGUCUCACAGACUAAGAAAAUUAGUUACAAGAAUAUUGAAUUAAGUUUUUUUUGUGAUAAAAAAAUUAUAAUUAUUAUCUAAAUGAUAAGAUUAAACAGUUCUGCAAAUUUUACUGAAUUGAAAUCGGCUCUACAACUUAUCAAUAUAAUAACUAUGUUUUUGAUAAAAGCUAUCAAAUUUACGAAACUGUUUUGAAUUUUACGAAACCGAUAUGGUUUCAUGCAACCCGGCAAUAAUAUUGAAUUAUAAUAUUCACACUCGUGUAUAGUUUAAAUAAUACACAUCUGUGUUAUCGUAAUUGUAUGAUUCCGCCAAUGAAUUAAUUUUAUUUAUUUAUCAAUUAAACAUAUGCGUUUUUACGUAUACAAAUUAAAUGUCAUGAGCGAUUAAAAGGCACAGCACCAAUACCCAGAUCACUUUUGAGCAACGGAAGCAUUUCAGAUUUCACAAUAAUAAAUGGGUACAAUAUUAUGAAAUAAUAAUAUAUUAUCCUAAUAAGUAGAUAAUAAUUAUAUCAAAGAGUAAAUGUCUAUAAGUACUAGGCAUUUGUAAUAUUCGUAUUUUUCUAAUAUACUCAUUUAUCCAUAUAUGUAUUGAUUUAAAAUAAGUCGUCAAUUAAAUUGUAAUACUUAUACAAUUUUUCAAGAAUUAGCUGUAGCUCUAUAUAUUCUGUAACUAUUUUUACAGAACUUCGAUGAUUUUUUCUACUUUUUAUAAAUUCUGUGUAUUUAUAUAGCUGUAUUAUGUAUACACCGAAUAGAUUGACGAAGAUACCAUAGUAGUGAAGUUAUUUUGAAUAUUUUAAUGUCCUAUAUUAAAUGUGUGAUAAAAUAAAUAAAUAAUGUACAAUUGUAGAUAACAUAACUACAAGGGCGAAUUGGGAUUAUAGUUAGGCCCAGGAAAAUGUAUAAUAUAUAUUUACCCACUAGCAAGCAAGUUUGUAUUUGAGAAGAGCAAAAGUAUCUUGUUGCUGGAGGGGCUACUUGUUCAGUUUAUUUAGGAGUAGUCAAAUUUGUAUUUACAUAUAUGGCGUGAUAUUAAUAUAUAUAUAUAUAUAUAAUAUUGCACCUUAAAAAUCGACAACCAAAAUAACCUAUGCGAUUAUUAUUUUUUAUAUAUUUUAUUGCCUAAAGUUUACAGAAGUUGAUUUUAUGAUUAUCUAUAGAUAAUACAGUUAUUAUUCAGUUUCUUAUGUAUUAUUGUUACUAUUUGUCUCAGACGGCUUUGCCAUGUCUAUAUAGAACGAAAAAAAUUGUUUUAAAAAUAAUACGUUUUCACUAUGACUUCCUGUUUCCAUCCCUAUCUCUAUCACUAUUACCUGUAGGUAACCACUUUAUUUACAUCCUUUAGGGGUUGAAUUUUGAAUAAAUUCUUUCUUAGCGGUUGCCGCCCUAACCCCCGUACCGUAUUUGCGCUUAUGCUACAAACUUUUCUCGAACUUCAAAGAAUAUGAGUGUAAAAUUUGAUACCAAUUAGUUUAGUAGUUUUCGAGUCUAUAGACCCCGAACGAACAUUCAUUUUUAUAAUAUAUUAUAUUAUUUAUUGUCAUCUUGUUUUGUGACGCUUUUUAUGAAAAAAGGUCGAAGAACCUAUAAAAGAAAAACGUUUACACAUAAAAUAUAUGUAGGGUGAUCAAUCAAUCGUAAGACACUCAUUAUCUCGGAAUUUGUUUUAUAGAAAAUUUAAGAAAUAAGUAGUUUUACAAUUUUACAUUUUUGUUAUUUUUUGCCACCCUUAUUUUGGGGGUAAAACUACUACCUACUUUUGUUUUUCAAAUAGCAACGGCAACUUAUGUUAAAAAUUCCAUAAAUAAAUGGAGUUUUAAUUAAAGUAAAUGUUUGAUUUCCGUUAUCCGUAGACGUUCCACUUUUAGGUUUGAGUCAGAGGAGUGUAGUGAAACAGAAGCAUCAUUUGUAAGGCAACCUUUUAAAUUUUAAUAAUACACUUCUACUUAACCUCGACUCAAAAUUUAAAAGUGGAAUAUUUCGUUAACGGAUUGACAGAAAUCAAAAUUGCAAAUACCUACAUUUAUUUUAACUAAUACUCCAGCUUCGCCAUUUGAAAAUCGAAAAUAGGUAGUGGUUUUACUCCUAAAAAUAAGGGUGACAAAAACAUAAAUGUAAAACUGUAGAGCUACUUAUUUCUUAAAUGUUCUAUUAAACAAAUCCCGAAAAAAUUUGAUACUUUCCGAGAUAAUAAGAGUGUCUCACGAUAGAUUGAUCACUGUACGUAUACCAAUAAUAGUUGCUUCAGCGGUCCAUUUAACUUAUAAGUAUACGACCCAUCGGGAAUUUCCCGAUUGCCCGAGGGCCCAAUCCAACCCUGCAUAACUAUGAUUAAAUCUAGCAAUACAAUUUUAUUUCUAAACACUCAAAUAUACCUUAUCGUUUUUUAAAUUUCUCAAUAUCCAAAUAUUUAUUUAUAAUAUAGGCAAUUUAUUACUGUAUCAAAUGAAUUGAACAUUUUUACUAAUCUAUUUUUCGUGACAAAUACACGAUUUAUAUAAUUUAUACUACAACGUUUACUCUCAUUUCGAAUUGAAAUUUACAAUUUUUAUAAACCCAAUUUUUUUUUUUGUACUCUAAAAAUAAUAAUUUUAAGUUUUAAAAUUAUAUUCCAUACUUACAAGCAUACUUAUAUUAAAAUGUAUCCUUGAUUAAUUUUUAAGGUGUGUUUAUCUAUGUAACUUUCUAUCAAUAAGACAAGUAUCUUUUAAAGACAGUAUAGAUAUUUAUUGUAAUAUAUUUGUUAUCUUGUGUUUGUUAUUUUGUUAAAAUAAAUUAUUAUAAAAAAAUAAUUGUAGGUAUGUUUGUGUAUUUUUUAAAAACUUCAUUAUUCCUACCUAUAAAUAUGCAAAUAUUGUAUUUAAAUACUCGAAUUAGUAUGUUCUUUGCAUAUAUGUUUGAAUAGUGCUGUCAAAGCCCGAAAAAGCUUAUAUUGCGAUCUAAACCCAAUUUAUUAUAGGUACUACCCACCCAACGAACCGUAUUACGAAUCAUACCAUUGUAUACAUCUUGUAAUAGGGAGCGUAUUUUUUUUUUUAAUUAUUAUUUUUAGAAGAUUUUUAGGCUUCAUGAUUCAAUCUAUGGUUAAAUCUAUGAGAUUUAUCAUCAUAUUAUCAUACGUUGGCUCACUCUGAUAUUAGGAGUUGGGGCCACUGCAAAGCAUAUAUUAUUAAUUUUAAUAUACAUGUAUAAAUUAUUUAAAAAUAAAAUAUAUAAAAUCCAUUCUUUUGCUAAUAAGUUUUUUAAUUUGUAUUUGAUUGCAGAUACCUGUACGAUAUUAUUUGUAAUAGGAUUUUUUCUAAGUUUAUUUCUUACUAUAUUCGUAUGGUUUACAGAUAUGUACUCUGGAGAAUUAUUUAAGGUAAUAUCUUCAUAAAAUAAUAAUUUAUAUUAAAAAUUAAUUUAAAUAAAUGUAUAUAUAUAAUAAUAUACCUAUCUACUCUUUCUUAAUUUUAAAUAUAUAUAUAUAUAUAUAUAUAUAUAUAUAUAGAAACUGACAAUUCAAAAUGGUAGUUUUUUAUAUGAACCGUGGAGAGAACCACCAGUCAAACCGUUAAUGUGCAUCAACUUAUUUAACUAUACCAACGUGAAUCAAUUUUUAAGCGGUGUGGAUCAAAAACUCAAAGUGAAAGAAGUUGGACCUUAUUGUUACAGGUGAAUAUUGAAAUAAUUUUCCGAUAUUAAAUUUGGUUUUUAUUUUAUUUUUUGUUUAUUUAGAGAAACUUUAUACAGAGUAAACGUCACCGAUCAUAAAAAUGGUUCUCAGACGUUCAAUGAAAUGAAAGUUCAAGAAUUUGAAUACGCAUCGUCAAAUGGAACAGAUUCAGAUAUUAUUAUCGUACCUGAUAUUCCAUACAUAGUAAGUUGAAAAACAAUGACAUAUGAAUUAGUUUAGUUAUUGUUGUUUAACUACACCAUAUACUAUGUUUUAGCUAUAAUAAUUUAUAGUAUGAUAAUAUGGGUUAGGUACCUACUUAUAUGUCGUAUAUGUCAAGAGGAGAGGUCCAAUACCUUCACACCGAAGUAGGAAUUUAGAAAAUCACGUACCUACCUAUAUUAGGGUAGGUAUAAAACAAUAAACGUCUAUUUAUGAUGAUUUUAAAUUUCUUUCGUGUAUGAAUCAGGUUUAUUAGUUCUUGAAUAUUAUUACAUUACGUCUUAAAAAAAAUCUGUACAUGGGAUUAAAAAAAUUAAAAAUAAUAAUCCUAUAUUAUUUAUUUCUGUAUAUAUUUCUGUACUUGAGCCUAACAGUCGUUAAUUCAAUAAAAUAAUAAAACAAGCCUUAUCCACAAUAAUAUUAGACAGUUGCCAGCUAUUUGGAUCAUUUAAUAUAGUUUAAGCAGGUAUAUUAGUGAAAUGGUAUAUUUUAGAUUCUUAUUGAAGCGAGGACUAUAUUGAUUUUACAGUGAUAUUUAUUUUUGUCUAUGUACAACAUUUCUACCAGUAAUUUUGCUCCAAUUUAUAAUAACAACACUUUUUUUAAAGUAAAUCUGACUACGGGGGGUACUUUAGAAUUUAGGGAGGUCAUUUUUUGAUUUUCCCAAGAGUUUUCUCAAUAAAUAGAAAAAACCGUGAAAAACGGAGUAAAAACAGGAAAAUGUAUGAAUGAAUAAUGAAAUGUAUUAAUAAAAAGACGGACAUAAUUCGUCCGAUCACAAUGAGUGGACUACUGUUAUAGAUGAGAAGUUGGGAAGGUAGGAUAUAAAAGGAAAUGUUACUUAUAUAUCUGUAAGAAAAGAUUAAUCAUUGCUAACGAAAAACGAUUCUGAGCGGAGCACUGUUAAUAGUAUUGCUUUUUCAAUAUAUAUAUAUAUUACUAUAUAUAGUAAAAUAAAUAUAAUGUAUUGAAAUAAUUUGUAUGAACAACUGUUCCGCAUAAUUUUGUAUUAAACCGAUUUUCGUCGAAAAUUGAUAUUAAAAUUCCUAUAAAAAAAAAUAUAGGUACUACAUUAAAUUACAUUUUUUUGUUUUAAUCACAAAGUACAACUUAUAAUUAAUAUCCUAUUCAAUUUUCAAGCAUUUCUGUUUAGUGUAAUAAUUGUAUCCGUAGAAUACAUACCGAAUAAAAAUUACUCACAAAAUUUAAAAGGUCUAUUAAUAGCUCAAAUAUGGCUCAAAUCGUUUAUAGUUUUACCACGUCUAAAAACAGCAAGUAUAAGUUUUCUGUACAAAUUCCAAGUUACUAGGAAUAUUUUUAACUAAAUUAUAAAAGCAUUAUUUUCGUAAAUUUUCCCGGUUUUCCGACAUUUUAUCGCGGUUUUUCCCGUAAUUUUUACGAAAACCACUUAGAAAAUCAAAAAAUGACCACGUAGAAUGUAAAUAAAAUUUCUUUUCAGAAAAGGGGCUACACUUGAUACAUUGGAGCCAGAUUUCUGGUACAAAAGUUUGCACAACAAAUCUAGGGGUAUUUUUCGAUUAAAAUAGUCUGAGCGAGCGAUGGACUGGAUCUCUAGGUGCACUAAAAAUUUAUUUUCUUCUGUUACCUAAACAAGGAAAAAACAAAUGCAAAAAAAAUUUUCGGAACUCGGGGUUUGAACCUGCGAUCUCUGGGAUGACAACAGGUAAGUAUCAUCACUAGACUACCAUCGACAGACAUACUUGAAAUUGUUAUUAUUGUGUUAUUUAACAUAAAAUAUUAUAUAUAACACCCGCAUAAUAUCAGAAUUUCAAAAAGCUAUAAUUUCGAAUCUAACACGUUUUUAAAUCAGUAAUAUACAUAUUCUGCUCAAAAAAAAAAAAAAAACAAUAAAAAUUGAAAAAUUAUAUUUGUAGGUACUACAUAAUUUAUACUCAAAAGAUUUUCGUCAAAAUUUGGUAUUUCUUUAUAAAAACAAUACUACAUUAAAUUUAAAUUUAUUAUUAUGGACCUAUAGUUUUUUUAUACUAAACUAUGAUUAUCAGCUAAAGCAAAAAGUAAUUACAAAAUUAAUACAAAUUAAAAUUAAUUUGCAUCGCACAUAUAUUGAGUGGUGAGGUCAUAUUAUAGAUUAUAGUUAUGGUUUGAGAGCGCCUGCUACAUAUCUAAAACUAUGUUACAGUUAAUUAUUAUAGCUGUCUAUUAUCACAGUUGUAUAAAUGCAUGAUUUAAAUAUUUUUAAAAAAAAAUACAAUUUUUGGAAAACGUCUAGAAAAAGUAAAUAUUAUUUUUAUGUCCAAAUUUCAAGCCCAUAAAGUCUAUACGAAUAUUUUUGAAUGAAUUUCAAUAAAAAAUUUAAAUUUUUAUAAAAAGCUCAAAAGUCCCUCGAAUGUUUUGAAAAUAUUACUGUCUAAAAAAGGCUAAUAUAAGUUGUCUGUCUAUAUUUCAAGUUUCUACGACUAAUUUUAACUGAAUUACAAUAAAUAACAAAAUUGAAAAUAAUGAAAAGCAUCAUUUUUGUAAAUUUCCCGUUUUUCAUACGUUUUAUCUCUGAUUUUCCGAGAUAUUAUGAAAACCAUUUAGAAAUUAAAAAAAUUACCUACAAAAGUACCACCUGACUAUACAGUCAGGUGCCACACGUACAAAUCGGAGCAAGAUUUCUGGUAAAAAUUGUUUACACAGAAUACGAAAAAAAAUAAAUAAAUAAAUAAACAUUUUUGUAAAACCAAUACUUUCUUCGCUAAACUCAGAAUCUAAAAGUAAAAAACACGGACAUAAGAUGGGUGGGAAAUUUUGUAGGUGAGAAGUUGGGAAGGUUGGAUUUAGAAGGGAAAUUUAAUGUGUAUAUAUCUGUUCUCAACGAUUAACCAUUACAAACGAAAAAACGAUUCUGAGUGGAGUUCGGUUGAUAGUGUUGCCUUGUCAACAAUAUAUAUGUCAUAUUAUGAUAUAAUAUAAUUACAUAUGCAUUAAACAUUUUCUUUAAUAAUAUUUGUUUAAUAUUGUACAUAUUUUCCCGUAUUCCCCGUUUAUAGGGAAAAAUCCUGGAAAUAUCAAAAAAUAAUUUCCGUAAAGUACCUCCUUCCCAGUCAGAAUUUUUUUCAGAAAAAGUGCUAUCAAUGUAAAUCAGAGCAUAAUUGCUGGUAGAAAAGUUCUUCACAGAAAAAAAAUAAAAUCAUUAAAUAAAAAAUUAACAUCAUUAUAAAACAUACACAUUCCUUGUUCCACUCGGAAUCUAAUAUUUUGGUAAUUUUUUUUUCCUGUGGAUAACUUUUCUACCAGGAAUUUUAAAAGCAAUUUUAUUACCAGCUAUUCUAUAAAUGUGGAAAAACGUAAGAAAAACGGGAAAAUAGGUACAACAUUAAACAAAUAUUAAAGAAAAUAUAAUAUAUUUUAAAAAAUAUAUAUAUAUAUAUAUAUAUUACAUAUAUUAUAUGUGAUUAUUUUAUCAUAAUAUGUCAUAUAUAUUGUUGAAAAAGCAACACUAUUAAUUGAACUCCACUUAGAAUCGUUUUUUCAUUAGCAAUGGUUAAUCGUUGCGUACAGAUAUACAUUAAAUUUCUCCUCUACUACCUUCCUAACUUCUGACCUACAAUAAUGGCCCACCCAUGUGCGAAGUAUGUUUCCGUCUUUUUAUAAUUAUCAUGGACGUCGUGAUGGGGAGGAUUGAAGUAAAGAAUUUGAAUCGCACAAUUUUUUUUUUAGUCUAAUUAUAACAUUCAUCUAACUUUGUAUAAUUCGUUAUAAUGAACUGAUAACACUAUCAUAUUUCAAACCCAACCCUUGUAUGCUAGAGAAAAACAAAUCCUUUCAUAAUGUGUGUAAAUAUAUUGUAGGUACAUAAUGAACUAAUAACAUGAUAAUACAUUAAGUAAAUUGUUGACUACGUUUUCAUUAACCUAUAUAGGCCUGAGCAAAAGGCCAACACACAAUGGCGUCACUUGAGCAUAUAUAAUAUAUAGUAAGUUAAACAGUAUUGUAUGUAUUUGACGCCACUCAAUAUCAGUUACCUUUCUGAUGUUGAGAACUGUUUGUGAAUUUAUCAUUGUUUGGGUGAAAACGCUUAUAAUGGCAUGCAUAUAGCUAUAAUUAUUUAUUUUGCAUUAGGUAAUUUUUGAUUAAACACGCAUGUUCUUUACAUAGCCACACGGAAUUUAAAAGUGAAAUAGACGUAUAUAUUCAUAUUAUAACUUAUACAUAAAUAAAUGUGUUUGUUUAUAUUUUUUAUUUGUUUGAAAUUAACUAAUUAGUAGUGAUAAUUAAUAUAAUUAUUAUAUUAUCUAUUGGAUGCGGUAGCUAGUGGCACCCAACUGUAGAUGUAGAUAUCUAGUAAGUAGGGAAACUUCUUCAGCUAUUUUUUAGACUUUCGAUUGCAAAAGAAAUUGAUAUGAAUAUCAACUCAAAAAAGGUACAUGGUUGCGACCAGAUUAACCAAAAAAUCCUGAAAGAGUUAUCUAGAAAAGCUAUGAUCUACCCAACACACAUAUUCAAUGCCAUCCUACGUACGGAAUACGUUUCUAAUCAAUGGAAACAAGUACUUACUCCAUAUGACGGACAUUCCAACCAACAACUAUUCAAUGACAACCAUGUUUGCUAAUGACACGGCCAUGAUAACAAAUGAAGACUAGCAAACUGCGGCUGAUUGGCUUCAAAGGCCAAUCAACGGAACAAGAUUCUUAGACUAAGACCAGAGCCACUCCACACAAGUUUAUUUUUCUUCUUUCUUGUAUAUUGGUACACCACAAAUAUUAAUAUACACCUUUGAAAUGUAUUGUUAAAGAUCUUUGAUCGUUAUGAAAAAGCUUUUUCAGUUUUAUUUUAACAUUUUAACGUAUUUUGUAAUAUUUAUAACAAUACCUAUUAAUUUUGUUAAUUGUAUAACAGCUGGUAGAUGAGUAUUUGUAAAUUAUAUUUUCCUCUGCAGAAGUUUGAGUAGAAUUGGGUGUCACUUUCUAUCCAUAUGAAUAUAUUAUGUGUGGCUAUCAAAUAAAUUAUUGUUUUUUUCUUCUUAUUAUGUGAUAAAUAUAUUGAUAAGCCUGCAUAUUAUAUUAUUUAAAGUUUAGGUUAGAUAAGUAGAGUAGAGUGAAUAGUGAUCCACAAAAAGGAUACGAUACAUUUUUUCUCCUCCUCGUUUUAAAGUAUUACAAUAUUAAUAAAAUAUGAGUCUGAUAUUAAAUGUAUAUGAGUCGCGUUUUACAUUUUGAUUGUGUUAUACCCGAUGAUGAAUUUUUAAUUCGAAACCGGUCGUAAAAUACAAUUAUCAUAAUACUCCAAGCGACGCAUUCAUUUAUUUAUUUAUUUAUUUUAUUUUUAUAUAUAUAUUUUUUAUUGUAUAUUUAUUUAAUUUAUUAAAUACAUAUUUUUUAGACGGCUUUGGCUGUAUUAACAUUUUCAGUCAUGUAAUUUGUGUUGCACGUUUCAGUUGAUACCUAUUGUAUAAAUAUAUACGAUAUAAUACUAUAAUGUAUGCCACUAUUUUGGAAUUUCCACUUAUUUAAUUAGUAAUCUAUUACGAGUAUAUUGUUAAAUUAUUUAAAUUUGUUUUAUAUAUUGAUUUUAUUGACGUAUUUUUUACGAUAGAUAUUUUUACCUAAAUAUUAUGCAAGUAUCUAUCUCUAAUCUAUUAUAUGAAGAGCCAAGUAGUAUUAUAAUAAUAUUCUUAUCAAUAUCUUAUAUUUUUCCUAUUGAAAAAAAAAGAGGUAUGGUCUAAAGAUUCUAUAAUUUAUAAACCUAUACCUAAUAUUAAGAAUAAAACAUUUAAAUUUUGUCAAAAUUUUAUAUGGGUACCUAUAUUAUUAGAUAUUUAGAUAUAAUAAAUUGCAUUUAUCAAUGACAAGCCAUUUAAUUUUAAUUGUAGAGCGCCAUAGCUCUAACCAAAGACGAGAACUUCCUCAUAAGAAGCGGCUUGUCAUCACUUUUGUCAUCGGUGUCCGAGGUCCCGUUUGUCACUGUAACCGUUCACGAUUUUUGUUUUGGUUAUCAAGAUGCCGUGAUCAAUACAUUGGGGACUUUAGCUAAACUUGCCAACAAGCCAGUUCCAUUUGAUAAGUUUGGUUUGUUAAUUAAGGUACGUAUUCAAAAUAUAAACCGCUUAUAUAGCUUACUAUAUUACAGUAGAUAUAGCUCAAUCAUCUCGUCGUUAAUGUACUAUUUUAAUAUUUUAUCAUAGAGAGCUGGAGUUAAUCCUGAUCGUCUGACCGUGCUAAACGGGGAUAAUGAUUUGUUACACAUGGGUCAAGUAAUACAAUUAAACGGGAAAAAUAUGCUUCACCCCUGGAAUACAGAUGUAUGCAAUUCGGUUGGCGGGAGCGAUGGCAUGUUUUUCCCUAGAGGUGAUGUUCAACAAUCACUGCCUGUAUUGUUUUUCCAUAAAGAUUCUUGUAGAAAAUUAAAAUUAGUCUUCGACUCCAAGGAAAAAGUAAAUUUACUAUCUACGUAUCUAUUAUUUUAUUCAGAGAUUUUGUACAAUGUGUUUUAUUGUUGUUACGUUUUAUUUUAUAGAUGGACAACGGUGUAGUUGGGCAUCGUUAUGUUCUCGAUCACGACGUGUUCAAUAACUCUAUUCCCGAGAAUAUGUGUUAUUGUACACAUCAGCCUUGUAUGCCGGAUGGUAUAUUCGAUAUGGGCCCAUGUUCCACUAGUAAGUUUUCAAUCUCACAAAUUAAUAUUGACAUUGUGAUUUAUAUUUUAAUCUGACUAAAUAAUUAUUGUUAUUUGUUUCACAGAUUCUCCGGUGGUUGUUUCACGUGCUCAUUUUCUAUACGGUGACCCGUCCUUAUUGAACGCUGUAGAAGGUCUUAAUCCCGAUCCGAUAAAACACGAACUCAUCUGGACUAUAGAUCCCGUGUGUAUAUCUUUUAAAUCUGUAAAUUGUCGCCAAGAUUAUAAAUAAUAAAAUGUUUAUUAACGUGCCUAUAUACAGGUACUCGGAAUAACGAUGAAAACCGAAAUGAGAAUACAGCUAAACAUCCAAGUGCGUAACCCGAACAACUAUGGUUCACUGAAUAAAAUCUCAGACAACACUAUAUUACCGGUUACGUGGCUCAACUUCGUAAGUUUCUAUUUUUGCAACAUAUAUGGUCUAUAUAUGACUAAUAUUGAUGUAUAAUAUAACAAACAAACAAAUAACUAACAAUAAACAUUUUCAUAGAGAACCGAAACUUCGCCCAAGUUGAGUUCGUUGUUGUUCCAUUUGACUUUCACUCUUCAGUGGUUACAGAUGUUCCUGAUGUGUCUAAGUCUGGUCGGAUUAUUAGGCACUACUUAUUAUCUAAUGCGUACCUGUGUUAAGUAAAAUGAUUCAAACUUUAUAAUACAAUUCCAAACGAUAUAAUGUAAUACAAUGAUGGAAAUAUUAAGCCAAAUGAGAAGAUUUCUAUUGGUUAUAGUUAAAAUUGUAUUUAUUUUUAUUAUAAAUAUUUUUUUUGAAAUUAUAUUAAAUUUUUUAUGAAGUAUACUUUUAUUUUUAUAAUUAACUGUAAAUAACUAUAAUAUAAUAUAAUUAUAUAUUCGUUUGUGAAAUGUAUAAUAAUUUGUAUUAUACGUACAUCGCUCACUUUUAUGUCAAAUUAUUAUUGAUAUCAAUUUUCUUCCUAAUAUAUUUAUGUAUAAUAUAUAUAUAUACAUUAUACACUACUUAAAUCGUAUUUUUAAAAUUUUAUUUUCUAUAAAUAU